CCAGUCCAUCAUAGCCCCGCCGCGGAGAAAACACAGCGAACCUCGUUUCAUUUUAUUUUUAAAAAGCAACUCUUAACACAUGCAAGGAGGGAGUAGAGAGGCGCUCGGUUUGUUCCCCUUCUCUGCCUUACAGUACUUUCGGCACAAGCUCGGGAGUUUAUAAUCCGAAUUAAUUAAUCCGGAGCAAGUACCGCCGCUUGGUUCCGUAUACACACUCACAAACGUGACUUGUCUUCACUCCACCCAUGCUUCUCCGUUGGGAGUGAGAAAUAUCCGCUCUUGCAGCAACCCUGAUGAUACACCGGGAUGAGUAAAAGGGCGUUAAGGGCCAUCACAGACCCGGUCCGGGCAGGUGAUGCGGAGUGUGCGCCCUUAGUGGUUAUUGGCAGAGUUACAGGGCUGAAUAAGUCACCCUUGCCCAGUCCUCACACAGCACCUGGAGGUAGGAAACAGACUCUGCACUGCAGGGUUAGCUUUGUGGAUGUAGGAAGCCCCUAUAACAGCCAGAUCCAGCCUCUUUUGCCACCUAGAACCCUUUAAUGUCUGGAGCUGCUAGUUCGCUCGGAUGCAGUUGCGACGAAGAAGAGGUGCGGAAGAAAGGAAAAUCAGGAGGAGGUCGAAAAGGCGGCUAUUUCCAUAGGAAGGGGAACUGCACGCGGGCGCAAUCGAUCGCCGUCUCUGCAUGAGUCCCUGUUCUGAUACAGUUCUGCAAACACGCCGUUUCCUGUUUCUGGCCGAUCCAAGCGGACGGGGCUGGUCCCGAAGUGAGAAAGAAAAAAAAUAAGAAAAGCUUGUUGACAACACCCCCCCCCCCCAUUGCAUAGUUUACGCGGCGCUUUUGAGGCCGGCGUCAGCGGAGCUGGGAGGGAGGGAGUUUCUCAUUCGGGGUCUGCAGUAGCAGAGGCGAGAAACUUCUUUUCCCAGGGAUACAAAAAGGAGACGGCGGCACAAAGGCAGAUCCCGAUCUUAUUUCUUGCAAACGGGCGCGCACGCUCUCUGCUCUCCGCCGCCUCCCAGCGCCACACCGGAUGUGAAUCGGGAGUGGGUUUCGCCGCUGUCCCGCCAGUAUUUUGGAGAGGAGGGCCCAAGGGUGUGUGUGUGCGUGUUUAGAAAUCCGCUGCGUGGAUGCCCUUCGCUUUCCCUCCCCCUGACGGCGUGCUGCUGCUGCUGCUGCUGCUGCUUUUGCAAAGAGGCGGUGCUGCUGCGAGCAGCAGCUGCGUUUCCUGGGGAGAUCGGCUACCUUUGUUUUUCUCUUGCACCGAAUUACACCCCCACGAGGAACACGCUCGUGGGCCUGGCGUGGAGGAAGCAGUUGCGGGGGGUGUACAAGCCAGGGGCAGCUGCCGCUUCUCUCUCUCUCUUUCUCCUCCCCUCCUCCCUCCCCUCCGCUUCCCUUCCACCCCCCCCCCCGGUGUACUUUGCUCGGCUGCUCCUCCUCCUCUUAAGGAAGUUUCCUCCCCCUCUUCUUCUCUUCUCUUCUUCUUCUACGAGCGCCGCCGCUGCACUUCCCCAUAUUUCGCAGCCUUGCCUAACCGCCCGCCCCAACUACUCCCGGGUUGGGGGGGGGGAGAGAGAGAGGAAGGGCUUUGGCCGGCGGACCCCCCUUUCCUCCAGCGCGGUGGGGCUGAGCCGGGCACCGGCGCCCCCCGGCCCUUGAGCGAGGCCGAAUGCCGGUGGCAGCGGCGGCGGCCAACUCGCACCCCCGCGCGGUGCAGCAGCCCGACGCCCGCCCCUUCGCCGCCUCCGUCCGCCUCCGGGACCGGGACCCCGCCAAGCACCAAGGCGCCGAGGAGCGCCCCGAGCCCCACCACCGCCACGGCCAGGCCGCCGGGGAGGCGGUGGCGAGGGCAGCCGGCGGCAGAACGGCGGCUCCUUCCGGCGCCGCUUCGCCGCCCGCCCUGCUGGCUUUCUCGCCGUCUUCUCCGCCGGGCCCGCCGCCGCCUGAGCCCCCACGGACUCGCUCCCGCUCCCGCUCCGGAUUCUUCAGCCUCCUCGCCAUGAACGGCGGCGGCGGCGCCACAGCCACGGCAGCUGCCGCCGCCGCGCACUUCCAGCCGCCACCGCCGCCGCCUCCUCCUGCCCCGCCGCAUCUCCAUGGGCCGAGCCUGCCCGAGUUGGGCGCCCGCAGCCAAGGCAGAGGGAGCCCCGCUGGACACGGGCACCCCAGGGCCCCGCCGGGAGCCAGGGCGCCCGCGCCAGGUAAUGGGGGGGGGGCCCACACAGGUGGGGUUUGGGCGAGGGAGUGUGGGGCGCUGGGGGGCGGCCAUGUGGGAAUGGGGGGGGCGGCUGUGGGGAGUAAACAUGGGGGGGUGUCUCGGGGGGGGGGGGGGAGGAAGAGGCCGGCGGCGAAGCGGGGAGGCAGCCUCUGAGGGACCGGGAGGUGACAGGAUGUUUGUGAGGUGACUAAUAAGUGGGUGCUGAGGUGAAUUCCGCGUGAGGCGCCGAGCAAAUAUUCCAGAAGGCGGGGGCUGGGAACAAAAAAACGGGGGGGACACCCCACAAAAUGGGGGGAAGGAUAAAAAUAAGAAACUUGGGAAUGCCUCGGCCCAGCCUUCAACUUAAUCCUGUUUACUUGGGAGUUGAAGUCCCACCGAGUUCAAUAGGGCGCAACUUCCUCGUGAAGUGCGUUGAGGAUGCCCGCCUUGUCGAAAGAGCGCUGGCUCUUCAAAGCCUCCUGGCUUUAAAAUGAUGCCUUAAUUUGCCAGGUGCGGGGUCUAAAGAGAAGCCAUAAUAAACCGAGGAAACAAUUAAAACCCAGAGACAAAGAGUACAAAAAAACAACAACACCCCGACCACCAGAAGCACCCCCCCUCAACAACAUGUGCUAGGCAGGAUGGAAAUGGAAGCUGCUUUUCCUCAGAGGGGUGGGGUGGGGGGCUGAAGGUCCACACAAAAAUCAGCAUUUUGAUUUCCCACAAAAGUUGUCCCAUUCAGCGCUACUUCUCCUCCAUCACCCCUUCCGCUUCUCAGUGGUGCUUUGCUCUUCCUCUGUGUGUUUGUGGGUCGGUGUUAAGUGUGUUAGUGUGUGCAUUCUCUUUUAAUAUGAAGGGCAUUAAACAUGCUGGCUUUUUUUGUGUGGAGGGGCAGAGAGAGAGGGGAGAAGGCCUUGGACAUUGGGAGGACUUUUCCUGUGCUUUGGCGACACAUGUGCAUCUUCCACUUCUGGGAAAGAGGCUCCUGAUUCUUUAGUAAUAAACUUGGUGUAGUAGCCUGUGAAUUGGUGUGGACGUUUGUAGAUUGUGUUGUCCACUGGAAUUGGAAGCUGGAAGACUGUCUUUGGAGGGAAAUGGCAAUAGUGUACAUAUGGAGAUGAAAAAAAACCAAGUUGGCUUUGGGGGGGGGGGGAGAGAAAGCUCACAACUAAAUAACUUCAACAAUUUUGCAGCUGGUGAUUUUCAGAACAGCUAAAACUUUUAAGUGCAUUGAAGCUAGAAAUAAUGUGACGAAGUACAGUGUGGUGUUCAACCUAACAAGAUGCUGUGGUGGGAGAAGAGGGGGGGGGGACUUUUCACCUUUCACAGAUAUCAGAAUUUGUGACUCUGGAAGACCUGAAAUGCCUGCCAAAGAAAACUCUAGACCCGUGGUUCUCAACUUAGGGCACACACCCCACAGAGGGGCAAUUUGAUUUUUAAGGGGGGCAAUUUGGAAGCUUGUUUAGGCCAAUUUAAUGGCCUUUUAGGCUUCCUCCAUGUGAAUAGGAAUUCACUUUUUGAAUAAUAAGAAUUAUAUGUCACCAGGGGGUGGGGGCAUCAGGAUUUUAGAGAUGCUUAGGUGGGGCAUGGCCAAAAAAAGAUUGGGAACCACUGCUCUAGACCCUAGAACCACUGUCACAUAACAUGCACUAUGUCAUACAAUAAUAUCCAUACCGAGUAGACAUCUUUACAGCAAGUAUACAUGGUAUAUAUAUAUAUAUAUAAAGGGAGUAUUCUGGGUUUUCUUGGUUCCAUAGAAAGAAUCAUGUCAUUGACAGGGGAACUUAUAGUUGAGAGUGCCCAUCUAUUUGUAAAUUAAUUAAAAUAUUUUUUUUCUUUUUGAGCCUGUGAUUGUAAUUGCUUUCUUGACUGUUCAAAAUAUUAUUGGUUCUGCUUUUGACAUGAGGUGUUCAAACUGUCCCAUGGCUUUAAGAAGAAUAACUGAUACAGUAAGGCAAUAUUUCCAGGUGUUUCAUGACUAAUACCAUUUUAUGAAUUAAUAGUUUGGAAUAAAUUAGAAGUGCCAGAGCUUUAACUCUUCUUGGAAGUCACUCCCUCUGCCCUUGAUGAUCUUCCUCCUAAUUCCACAUGUACGUGGGCUGGUUGUGGUUACUCACUAGUGAAGGAAAGGCACUCUACAAGUUGCAUUGCUCAUAUGAGCACUUCUUUAAAAAUCAGGUGUCAGGUAUCCAUGAGUUCAGUAUCAGAUCAGGCUCUUGAACUACAUUGUGAUAGGUUCAAGUUUUGUCUAAAUGAAGCAACUUUUUCUGGGUGCUGGAGAUAAUAAUUUUCUGCACUGCACCCACUAAGUAAUGUAAAAAUGAUCAAUGUAUUUUAUUAAAUGUCAACUUUCACCUCAGUAAGAUAAUAUUAGAUAUGAUUUGCAUUUAAAAUUAGAGUUGCUUGUUAAUACUUGAGGACAUGAAUUCUAUUGCUCUCCUGAAAGUUCACAUGUAAUAAACCCCCAUGAAUUUGCGUUUGUGGGGCUGGUAUGAUCUGAAAGAUUCCUGGUCCUGAUUUCUUCAGAAACCUGUAAACCGAGUAUGCUGAGAAAACAGUACUUGUGGGCUGGAUAUGUAUUUAUUUCAGCUGGGCAAAAUCUUUUUUUUUUUUUAAAUUGUGGUAGCUGAAUUUCAGAUAACCAAAAAAAGUUAAAUAUAUCUUCUUUUAUUGAAUUGGCUUUGUGCUGAGCAGCUGAUACCUGAUUUUGAACGUUAGGCCUAUGUCCUAAUGCAGGCAUAGGCAAACUCGGUCCUCCAGAUGUUUUGGGACUACAACUCCCAUCAUCCCUAGCUAACAGGACCAGUGGUCAGGGAUGAUGGGAGUUGUAGUCCCAAAAUAUCCGGAGGGCCGAGUUUGCCUAUGCCUGUCUUAGUGUAAGGGAUUAUUUACAAUAGUAUUCAAUGAGAGAUACAUCUUUUUCUGUUCAACUUUAAGAACUGCAAAUAUUUUUAAGAAUCUCAAUUCUAAACAUUCUGGCAGACACUUUGUUAUUCCAUUUUUAUUUAAUUUGAAUACUUUUGAAGUCAUUAAAUGGAGUAAUGUGGAAUAAAGAGCAAAAUAUGUGACAUAAUUUGUAAUGUAUAGAGAGCACGCUUCAGUACUAGGUUAUUUUUAAUGUUUAGCUAAAGUGACUGAUGUAGUCCUGGGGCAGAGCCAGUAAUGAUGGUACACUUUCAAAUAAAGUGUUAGUUUUACAUUGGGCUGUAGUAAGUAAUUCAAAAUGGUUUCAGUUCUUCUUUUCAUUAGAGUUAUUUCUUAGACCUGAAAAAUUCAGAGUUGCAUAUUUACACCUGCACAUGAUUACUCGAGAAAACCCACUGAGAUGAUGGGACUAGUUUCAAGUAAAUGUGCAUAGGAAUUGUCAUAGGAAAACAUAAAGCACUCUCAUUACAUCUUGGAGACAAGUAUUAAACUUUAUUGCAUUUUAUUUUAUUUUUAAAAAUAAAUGGAAUAGACUUCCAAUUAAUGAUGUCACUCUAAACCAAGAAGAGGUUAGUUGUAGAUGAUCAAUCCCUCCUUUUUCACACAACAACAGUGGCUUAUCCUUGCAUAGUUUCUGGUUGAACUAUUGCUUCAAUGGAGAGUAAAGCAAUUGGGUGUUCAUACUUUGGCUGACCUUUGUAGCAAGCCAUUGUCAUCUUUGAUACAACCCUUUACCUUCCCCUGUCCUCUUCCUGUGUGUGCUCUCCACAAUCUUCAAAUCUGCUCUGAGGGGUUGGGGGAACCCUCAAGACAGAUUUAGGAGGCACAUUAUUCAGUUUAUUCAGUCAUUGAAUAAACUCAUUACAUAAAUUUUAAAAUCUGUGGUAAGCUUUCAAGUUAUCCAGAACUCUUCUUCAGGCAAGAUAGUAUACAAAUCAGGAGUUGAGGGUGGGUGGGGGGACAAAGGAAAACAAGGUUCAAACAUUAGGAUGAUGUUGUAGCUGUGAAGUUAGCUUGUUCUAAGAUUGCAGGCUGGAUAAGUCCCUCUCAGGUGCUACAGAAACCAGGUUACACAUGUAGAAUUCUGGGAUAAAAAAGCAAUGACUGCUACUCAUUUCUGAGAAAUUAAGGUCUAAUUUGUAACCCAGAUCAAUCCCAAACCUUAAAUAGAACACACAGGUUGCUGGGUAGUCAGAGACCAGAAGUAAAGCGAAACAUGGCAGCCUUUAAUUUAGCAAAGCCACUGAUUAAUUUUGAUGUACUAAGUAAAAAAGCCAAAUGAAGCCAAAUUGUAUAGUAUUACCAAGCGCUUUGAGGGGAUGUCCUUGGCUGUGCUAAAUUAAAGAGACCUUGUGUAACACCUUCUCUGAUGAAGAGUUCUAGAGAACUCAAAAGCUCGUCAGACUUUGGUGACAUUUUGGUUGGCCCUACUAAAGGCAUUGCCCAACUGUGACUGUUGGGUAAGUGAGGUGUCUUGUAUCAUGCUAGGCCUGGAUAAUUUGGGGAAGGAACAAGAGUCUGCAGCUGCAUGCAUCUUACCAUUUAUUCUGGCUCCAGUGCACUCCCGCUGCUGAGUAUAAAUCUGUAUACAAAUGUUGUUACUAACAACCCUGUACUGUAGUUCAAAGCUUUCCAAACUGUGUUGUAACACAUUAGUGUGUUGGCUGCAGUGUGUCAUGCAAACACUCCCCAUGUGUCACCAAUAUGAAAAGUUUAGAAAGCUCUGCUGUAGUUUCUUUAGAAAUACUGCUGUCUGAUGCUUUUUCUCUCAAACCAGCUUCAACCUGGAAGGAAAACUUAAGCCACAUUCACUUUGCAGUUAAGCUGAGGUGCACACAUUGGAGACAGCCAUUGUGCAUGCGUGGAUGGCAGCUUAUGCACAGAUGAGAUCUUCAUGUUCGGGGGAAGGGGUUGCAGGGGCAAGGAAACCAAACAGGUAACAUGCAUCGGUGAAGACAUCCCCACAUCUUCUGUAGUGUGCAUAUAAAUGUGCACAUGCAACUUGAAAUGCGGCAGGGGAAAACUUAUUUCACUGUGUUUUAAGCUGCUAAUGUGCACAUAGUCUGACUGUCUUGUCCAGCAGAAGCUGAGAGACUCCUCCCUUCUCAGAUUUCUGUGAUGUGGGGGAAGGGGGAAGGGUCUCUUGCUUUGUGCUGGGCUGCUAGCAGAAGAUGAUCGUCAGUAAGAGACUUAUGGUCAUUGCUGUUGACCACACAAAUGGGCCUCUGUAACCAUUGCUGUUCCUCCCUACUUUGUUUCUAUGCUGACAUAAGAUGACAUAGUGCAGGUUCCAUACUCGCUUGUAUUGUGUAUGAGGGUGUAAGUGCUUUUGAAAAGGGUGUUUCAGUGUAGAAGAACUAAUUUUUGUAGUUUCAGCUUCUCAUGCUGCUGGAAUUCCCUCUUCUACACAACAGUUGAUAAUAAAAAGAGUGUUGUCCUGUCCCUGAUGGUAUUCCUCCCCCCCUCCUUAAAUAAACAGGUGGGAAUCCUACUUGUGGAUUCUCCUGAUCGAUACUCUAUCAAAAUAUUCCUGCCUAGAAGGACAGACAGACUUACACUCUCCUUUCAAAUCACACUGUCUAGCUAUUUUAAGCAGCCCAGAGGACACAGUAGUAAACUACUGCUGGUCAAGUACAAACUGUACAGUGAUGUAAGCAUGCAGUAAACCAGUAGUAUAGUUGUAGGUUGAGCAUAUCUAUAUGCAGCUGGAAAUUGGUAUCUUUUGUGGGGGUUAUUUUUAAAAAUAAAAGAUUGAAUUAUUAGCAUUUCAGUUGUGCGUCUUUUUAAAAAAUCUGGUUUAUAAAAUUUAAAAAUCUAACAUAUUUUAAAGCCUAUAUUCUUCUAAUCUUAAUCUGUAAUCAUGAUCCUUUAUCACUCAAAUUGAGUUGAAGUCUGCUUUUUCUGUAAAAAAAGAAAAAGAAAACCAGGUUAAAAAAAGACAUCUGAGUCAAACAUAAAAAUAUGACCUAGUUAUAUGACUGUUAUUACUGUGGGCUUUUUCUUGAACCAAGGAACAAGCAAACCAUCAAACCUGCUAGGAUAUAGAAUCCAGGAGAUGUAAUUCUGUAUUUCCCUAGGAUCAUCCACUGGACUCCACCUGGGUGAACUUGUUUUUUCGUUUAUGCCUUGUAACUCCCUGAGAUCUGCAGUGUGUUCAGUUCUGAAUAUUUUAUUACUUUACUAACCAAACAAGGAGGAUAUUUACUUUUGAUUUCAUGAAGAAACACAGUUUUGCUCACUAACAACCAGCAGUUUUUGGAAAGUGAUAGGCACUCAGUGACCUUGCUUUGUGUCCUGCAUGUGAACAGAGACAACCAAACAGAAAUCUUGUCUGUCUGUCUGUCUGUCUGUCUGUCUGUCUCUCUCUCUCUCUCUCUCUCUCUCUCACACACACACACACACACACACACGCGCCAGGGGUAGCCAAUGUAGUGCCAGAUAAACUACAUUUUUCAUCAGCUCCAGCGUUGGUCAGGGAUGAUGGGAGCUGACGGUUACUAUCUAAGCUUAAAAUAAUUAUAGGAAUAUCAUCUUAUGAUGGUUAAGGAUGUCUUUAUUUGCAAAUCAGUGCUUUACUAUUUUAUAGUAGCCAGUUAGUAUGCAAGUGUAUUCAGGAAAUGUAUGAACUACAGUUUUACCUGCUACUGGUGCAUCAGGUACAGCUAUUCCUAGUCAGGGAUAGCCUGGUCAUGGUAAUCCAUGCUUUCAUAACCUCAAGACUCACUUGUUCCAAUGCACUGUAUGUGGUGCUACACAUGAGCCUAGUCUGGAAGCUCCAGCUGAUGCAAAAUGCUGUGGGCAGAUUUUUUUUAUGGGUACAAGCUACUGCCAGCACAUAACUGAGGUGCUUAAAAGCUUGCACUGGCUGCUCAUAAUGUUACCAGGACAGGUUCCAGGUUCUUGUAUGUUUACAAGGUUUUUAACAACUCUGGUCCAAGAUAUCUUAAGGGCCACCUGAUCUCUUAUAUUCCUGCUUGAGCACAAAGAAAUUUGGGGGAGUCUCUUGUUUGUGGUCCCCCAUGUCUCAGAUUCACAGCUUGCAACUACUUUGGAAGCUGAGCGUUCAGUGUUGUGCUGGCCUAGUCCUGUGAAAGUCCCCCCCCCCCCCCGAGAUUAGAAAGACACCCUCCUUGCUGAACAUCAGGCACACGACAAAGACUUUCUUCUUCCACCAGGCAUAUUAAUGUAGUGUUUGGCUUAGUGAUGCCUUUUUAUUCUCUGUGUGGUUUAUUUUUACUCUCACUGCUUAGAAUUGAUAAUGAUCAAGCGGUAUAUAAAUGCCUUAAAUAAAUCGUACAAUAUGGAGUAAUGUCAGAAGGAUAACAAUAUUACAGUAAAGGCAAAAUAAUUUUGUGGCACGUUAUUGUGGCAUAAGCUUUUGUGGGCAUGAACCACUUCAUCAGAUACAUGGGAGGUGUGAUUUAAAUUGGUCCAUUGUGCCUCCAUAAUUGGAAUGUCACUCUGUAGAGAAUAAAAAUAACAUUGAAAGUAGCCUCAAAAUAUGCACCUGUCCAUAUCAAAAUGACAUAGUUUAACGCUUGAUGGGGUUACACUCCCUCUGAGGUGGACAUGUAGCUUGUGGGUUUAUCUGGAUCCUUUACUGUUGCUCAAAGGCUCAGGAGGCCUCAGUGGUGUGGAGUACCUUCCAUCAGCUUUUGCUUGUGGCCCAGCUGCACCCAUAUCAUAUCUGGACAGGGAUAGCAUAACUUAGGUCAUCUGGCAACCUCUAGGUUUGAUUACUGCAACACGUUAUAUGUGGGGCUGCCUCUGAAGAUGAUUCAGAAACUUCAGCUGGUGCUGAUUUGGUGGCUAGGUUGCUCACUGGGGCAAGACAGUUUAAGCAUAUUACACUAAUCCUGGCCCAAUGGUACUGGGUGCCAGUUAAGUUAGACCAAUAAAAAGUGCUGGUUUUGGACUAUAAAGCCCUAAAGAGCUCAGGAACGCAAUGCCUCAAGGACCGCCUUUCGCCAUAUGAACCUAUCCUGUGAUCAUUAUCUGAGGCCCUUUUUCUCCACAAGAGGUCUGAAUGGUGGUGACACCAGAACAGGCCUUUUCUGCAGUGGUUCCCUGUUUGGAAUGCUCUCCCCAGGGAGAUGCCAUAUCUUUAGAUGCCAGGUGAAAAUGUUUCUCUUCAAUCAUGUGUUCAGCUAAUUUACAUUUUAUGUGGAAGGAAGUUUAUUGGUUUGGUUUUUUCAAAAAUAUUUUGUAUUCUCAUUUUGUAUUUUUCUGUUGUGAACUGUCCUGAGAUCUGUGAAUAAAGUUCAGUAUACAAAUUUAAUAAACAAUAAUGAUAAUAAUAAACUUGGCUCAUUGUAUGUUACAUAAACAUUGGAGAGAUAGGUGGGCCAAAGGAGUGUCAACAUGGUAUUUUAAACUGUUGCUCUUUAUAAUCCCAAAUAAUUCAUUUAGGCUGCAAUCCUAUGCACAGUUCCCUGGGAGCAAGUGCUUUCCUCCUGAAUUUUGAGAACCUAUAUCUAAGACUAAACACACAUAGGAUUGUGAUAUUUGCAGGGGAACUAUAAAUAUCUGGGGUGUUAGAAAAGUAUAAUUAUGGAAUUUGUGCAUUUAUAAUUGUUUGAGCCACAUCUUCAGAGUGCUCUUUAUUUAUUGAAAUUUAUUGGCUAUCACAAAAGUACUGGCAAAUACAGUAGUAAGAUGGGACAGUGAAUUUCUGUGCUUAAUUUUUUUUGGUUUUAUCAGCAGUCUUGGCAAACUAGAGUUAAAGGGUUCUGUGAAAUUUAUUAGUCAAACCUUUUCCCUAUUUCCUCACUUUUAAAAAUGUAAUCUGAGAUCACUACACUUAAUACAUGAUUGAAGUGUCACUGUGGUUCAGUGUUAGAAACUGAGAUGAAAGCUAGGAGCUAAAUGGCACCUUAAACCUAGGUUAUGGGUGCAACAAUGGAAUGUCCAGGCUCCCUUUUUUAUAACAAGAAUACAAAGCUGAAAAUGAAUGAACUGCAGCUAAAAUAUUAAGUUCAUUUUUUACAUGGUCUAGUCCUUCCCCUGCCCACGCCCCUAAUAUUGUUAAAAGGGUCUCUUCUCCAGUCUUCAGAGAGUAGCUGGAAGUGGAGAGGCAGAAAAAGGUCCUCCUUUCCUUCCACUCUGCAGUUUUAAUCUGAAAUCUUAGGUGCAGUACGGCACCCAGAGCUCAGAAACUGCUUGUGCUAAUGAAAUUCCCUGUCACAAAAUGUGCCUAGAACAAUGGGAGUUUCAAGCACUGCUGUGGUUUAGAAAUUAGUGUCCCCAGUACUGACUAGGCAAAUCUGGAUUCAACUCUUGUUCAUGAAUCUUCUGGAUUCCCUUGAGCAAGUCAUUCUGUCAUCCUUGGUAUAUCUAUGGAAAUGGUAUUGCUAAAGACCAACUUUACAGGACUGAUGUGCAGUUUAAUAAAGUGAAAACACUUUCCCCAGAUGAAAUCAGGAAGUAGAAAAAACUGUUUGUAUGUCAAAUGUUAUGAAAAUCAUUGAGGGGGUAUAUACAUUUUGUUAAAUAAUUAAAAUAAAUGUUUGAUAUGCAUAAUUCAGGUUUUCAUCAGUAUAUUCAUAAUUAAUGCCAAAGAUAUGUACCACAAUUUCAUAUGUAUGCUUAUUUGAUGGCAAAUGUGCAUAGGAUUGUAGCCAUAGGUUGUGUACAUACUGACUUUGAAGCACAUUCUUCUCAAAGUAAUUCUGGGCACUGUACGUUACUCCUCACAGACUUACAAUUCCCAGCAAUCUGUAGCAAACUACUGAGCCCAGAAAAAAUGUUUUUAGAAUGCUUUCAAGAUAGUGUGCAUAUUUGGCCUUAGUCCUUGAAUUAGCAAAGCAAUAUUGGGAUGGGACAUUUUGCUGAACAACUUAACUUCUCUUUCAUAUAAGAACUAGAUCCUAGAGACACAGAGGCAAAAUCAAGAGUAAAGCAAUCUUGAGCCAUAUCUCUGUCUUGUAGGUGAUAGAGAGGGGAGCAGCUUGGGCAGGUUUGCUCAGUAUGUGAGCCAGCCCAUUUAUUGUGGCCUGCCAGUAGCUUGCAGUCACCAUUCGCUUCAUGUUUUGCUGUCCUAGACAGGCAGAAAAAACCCCAGGAGGUUUACCAUACAUAACUGCUGGUUGCAUUUGGCUUGGUGAGUCAGAAUUUGUACAGGCCUUGGCUAGAGGCAGGUUUCUCGGUUGGGAGGUGAGAUCUUCCUUGUAAUGGAACAUUUUAGUUGGCUAGUUUAUUUAUAAGUAGAUGUUUUUGGCUUUAUUAAGGGAAACUUUAUAAAAAUAAGUUUUGAAUAUGUCAAGGCAGUAUUUGGGGUACCCUUGCAUGCUUGCUAAUACCUCAAAUCUCUCAUGGUAUUUAGGAUUGUUUUAUUAACUGUACUAAGAUCUUUAGGGUUAGUCUUCAACAUGCUUCAGUUUCUUUUUUUUAAAGGCAGUAAAAGUGUUCAUAAUCAAAAGGCACGUAUUCACCAGUUUUACUAUCAAAUACUGUGAUGAGGGGUUAUGAAAAACUGUAUUCUAAACUGCUUUAGUUUGAAAGAAUUCAGUCUUUUUUUUGAAUAUGUAAAAUUCAUCAUGUGAAGGUUAUAAACCAUGUAAAAAGCAGUGAAUGAAAAACCGCUAGUUCACAGCAAUCUUGACAGAUGUUGUACAUUUUCAAUAGUGUGAAUCUUGAAUUGGCACAAUAUUUUUUUAAAUUGUUUUAAAGCAGUAUGUUUUGCCUUGUAAUUGAAAAGCAUGUACUGUAGCUUUAUAGCAAGUUGUAUCCUUAAAAUUGACAUUUCAUGAUACCCUUAAAUAAAAAAAUAGAGUUUUCAUAAUUUAUUAUGAGCAAGUUCAAUAGUUUCUUGGCAAUUAAAAAAAUUGUGAUUGAUUUUUGGUAGAUGAAAAUUGGACUUCCAUAUUUAGUGUGUGCCUCAUUUUAAUACCUUAAAUUAGGUUAGUCUGCAACACAUCCUUAAUGAAAACUUGGACAGCAGAGGUUUACAGUAUUUAAUGGAGUGCAAACAUGCAGAAAUAACUCAGUACCUCUGCUAAGUGACAUUUCUCUUGAAGCUUCUGAAUUAAUUACUAAAGACUUGGAAAGUACAGUUAAUAAAGGAAUUAAGUCUCAAUAAAUAAGUAAAUAUAUAAAUGGUAAUAUUUAAUAGCCAGAAGCACAUAACUUAAACAUGUCCCCAUUUCAUGUAGCUGUUGAGAGCCAGUAUUGGACUGGGAAGAACUUGGUCAGUGAAGUUUACUGGGUGGCAUGGAGUUGGUCAGUAUCAGCACCAAACCUUCCUAAUGAUGGCUGUUGUUUGAAAUAAUUCCUAGACCACCCUUUAUUUUUUUAAAAAAAUCCCAAAGCAAAACACAUCUGAAAAAGACCGUGUGAAAAAAUGAACCCAUAACCUAAGUUUAAGGUGCCAUUUAGCUUCUAGCUUUCAAGGUGGUGGGAUGCUGCACUAGAUAGUUCUCAUUUAGCAAGUCUAGCAAGGUUCUUCCUAUAACUUGUGUGAGUCAAUGAGUCCUCAGAUAGAACUUUCACAUGUUCUCAUGUCACCUCAAGAGACACAUACACAAAAAGGAAAUACAAUACCCAAACUCAAAAGUAAACUGAGGUGCAGAAAUAUGUAUGCAUAGAAAUUUGUAGAUUAUACUCUCCCCCCAAACAUGCAUGUGCGCACAUGUGCAGCCCCCCUUUAUGCGUGUUCAAUAUAUUUACAACCCUGCAUAUGUGUAUUGUGCUGAAUCCGGAAGUGACCUGGAAACGUCAUAAAGAUGUCACUGAAACAUCACUAAAAAAGCGGAAGCCUGUUUGCAGGCUUUUUCAAUGGGCUUCGGUUAUACAUGAUUUCACUGAUGCAUGCAGUGCCUCGGAUCAUAACCCCCAUGUAAACGAGGCCUUCCUGUAUAAAUAUUCAUAAUAAAUAUUUCUGACAAAACUGAAAACCUUGGUCUGGGGGAAAAAUAUUUACAGGAAACUUACCUUUCUUAUCUGUAGAAAAUCUGAGUACAUAUGAUAAGUUUUGAAAUAUGUAGGUUGAUAUGAAGGUGUUUUUCUAGUGCCCAAUCUGUAAAUAUAGAUAAUGCCAAAUUCACCUCAUGUCACUUUAAACAUGAUGCAUUUCAAUUGAGUUGUUUCACUCAUUUUGUUAUUUGUCAGCUGCUGAAUAAUCAAAUGAUGUAUGAGAAUAUGUGAACUACAUCACUUAUCUUUACUGGGAACUUAUCUAUCCACCCUCGCCCCCCAUUUGAAUAAAUUAUUGUAGCAUGAAGAGCCCGGGUGAAUUUAGUUGCAUUAACUAAACUUUGUAAAGGAUUAUUAAGGCUUGGAAUAAUAUUAGGCCAGAGGUUUGCAAUGCUGCAUUUUUAAAUAUGAGCAAAACACUCAUGGAUGAAAGAUGGCAAAUGGUUGAAAUAAUUUAUAAGUUCAUCUCAUGUAUUGCUAAUCAUGUUACCAGUUUUGAGAGCAUACUUCUGCUAAUGAAAGCCUGCAUCUGAGACUUUAGGCAUUUGACAGAUGUAACAUAAAUUGCACUGUUAAACUAGCUGUGUCUAUGAAUAAUAAAAUCUGCAGACAGAAAAGUAUUUCAUAAUUGAGGGGAAGAUCUAUUUCUGUAUGGUAUAUUAAUAUGAAAUAUUGGAGUGAGUGAGAAUUGUUCAUUUUCACUCUGUAUAUAUUGGGAUAUUCUCUCUCCCCCCCCCCCCCAAAUACCAGCUGAAAAAUGUGAAGGGGUUCUUCAAGCAAGGGCAUUUUGAGUCUGCAGCUCCUAUUGAUUUAAAUGGGAGUUUAGUAUCCAUUAGCUUUCUGAAUCAGCCCUAAGGCAGUUGAAGUACCAAUGUCCUAUGUUAUAAGGUACAGGAGCUGACAUCUGCAUAGCCAGAGUCCAUCUGGAUAUGGCAUAAAGUCAGCAAUGGCUUAGCUAGAAAUGAGGUAGAGAUGAUUUGGAGAUGUUACUCUCUACCAUAACCUUUAUGAAGCUGACAGCAGACUAAAAGAUUUAAUUCCAUCUUUUCAGAAACAGACAUAGUAAUACACAUUGGUAAUACAGCUGAUUAUUUAUCAGCCUUAGCAAGAUAUAUAUGCAUAAAGUGUCCAAAAUGCAGUCCAAGGCACAUCUGUAAAUUGAUUUAAUGACAUAUAUUGUACUUAAUUACAAAUUAGCCAAGGAUUUUGGCAUUCAGUAAACCCAGGUUUUUUAAGCAGCUACUUGCCAACCUAGCAGUUCGAAAGUACCUCCGGGUGCAAGUAGAUAAAUAGGGACCGCUUACCAGCGGGAAGGUAAACGGUGUUCCGUUUGCUGCGCUGGCUCGCCAGAUGCAGCUUGUCACGCUGGCCACGUGACCCGGAAGUGUCUGCAGACAGCGCUGGCUCCCGGCCUAUAGAGUGAGAUGAGCGCACAACCCUAGAGUCUGGCAAGACUGGCCCGUACGGGCAGGGGUAGCUUUUGCCUACGGUGAGCAAGAACAGGUGAUCAAGAAGGGAAGCUUUUUAAUAUGGGAUUGAAUGUUUGUUUCAGGUUUCCUGUGCCAUACAAAUAACUAAAGCAGAUAUUUGAUAAAGUAAGCUAGUUACAGUUUUGGUGGGUUGUUGAUUUGCAGGAGUGAGUUGCCAGCUGCCCCUUUAUUGCCUCCAGGUGUACAGCAGAGCAGCAACCAUUGUAACUGGACGCAGAUUACUGUGCACUGCUGACUGGAUAUGCUGUUUCAGUAUUUUUGCAUUACUCUCCUUAUUUUGUAAGCACUGGGAAGCAAAACACAGCCACACUGCUUAUGACUCAUUUGUAACUGUCCUGUGAUACGCUGUAGUACUCUGGAGUAGUUUGAGGUGGGGGGAGUGACACUUGGUGGGGCAAGACAGACCCCUUGAUUAAAAGCCUAUUUAAACAAUUGUGUGAAAGAGGCAAUGUAAAAGAAGUUUGGUAAUGGUGAAGGAAGUGGCAGUAGUGUGAAUGCUUAAGAGUUAUAUUUUCCAUAUAUAGAAUGGCUGUGUAUGGAACUGGCCAUAUGUGGUGUAGCUAAUUUAUAUUAAGAUGAUAUAUUUAUAUUAAGUGUGAUUAUCAGUUCAGGGCUGCUGUGGACUAUGCAGUGUCCACACUACGUUCAGCAUCAGUAUGGCAAGCCGAGGUAUGCCAGAUUGCCCAAGGAGAAGUGAACUGGUCCUGGUUGGAUACGGAGCAGGUAAAAACUCCCGUGCCAAUCAGUAGUGGGGACUGCGCUUGUGAAUAGCUGCUGUAACAUUACCUGGGCAAGGCAGUGAAACCCAGAACUGUGAUUACUUUCAAAGGGAAAAAAGUGAAUAAAGGGAAAGGGUGGCAGUAGUUGUGGGGAGGGCAGUACAUGUUUGGUCUUCAAAACCAUACUCACCCUUUUCUCUUCCCUUGUUCACAUUUUGAUUAAGAUCCUCCAUAAAGAACAGUAGUGAAAAACUCAGAAGUUUGUUCAUUACGCUGUGAGAGUUUAGCAGUAUUAAUAAAGUUGUUAUCCUACUGUGACGUUCAGAUUUUUCUAAUGGACCACUGUGGGUUACCUAUGCUUUUUGUGCACUCUGGUGAAUAUCAAAUUUUGUUAUCCAAAAGAGCUGUCUUAAUAGUAGAAAUAAAUUUAUCUACUACCACCUGAAGAUGAAAGUUUACUUUGAAGGGGUUGCAUGCCUGCAACCACUAAACAAUAUUCUGCUUGGCUGCUUUGGACUAUUUUUACCUGGUGCUUCAAAAUUAAUCUCUAGCUUGGCUGAUAUAAAAAAUACAAUGUAUUUCUUUACUUAAUUUACAUCUGCUUUCUGUCUCACAAGAGACAGUGCUCUACUUGGUGCUGGUGAAAGGUCUGAGUGACUGCUGGCUUUAAUAGUUUCAAUUUAAAGACUACAGCCAUUAUUUUUCUUGGUUCCAGCAACACUUAGGUCCCAUCUACAUCAUACAUUUAAAGCACAUCUUCUGCAAGAAUCCUGGAAACUGUGGUUUAUUUAAGGGUGCUGGGAAUUGUAGCUCUCUCCGGUGUAAACUAUUUCCCCAGGAUUCCUUUAUUUGGGGAUGGGGCUUUGGUGUAUGGUGUGUAUGCACCUUAGCAUGACCUUGAAGCUGUUUUGCUCCAAAGGGAGACUUGUUUAAUUAAGGCUGUCAAACACCUGCAUUAUUUGUACAGUCCAUCUUAAGGCACUGCAGACUUUGGGCCUUAAAUGUCAUACUACUUUCCCCCUCUAUAUCCCACCCUCAUUUUUCUUAACAUCCAGUCUGAUAAAGUGUUGUGGAGAACUUGAAAGAUGGUUCACUAUUUGUAACAUUUUUGUCACUCCUAAUAGAACCUAUAUUAGCCUGUUUUUGAAUCAGAAUUAGUGUCUUAACAGGUUUGUGUUACAAUGCCUCUGCCCCAAAACAAUAAUCCUAGCAAAGAGAUGCCCUUAUGCCUGCAGGUGUUGUUCUCAGUCUACUUUUAAAGUUCACUUUAUUGCAUGCACAACACAAGUUAUUUUUAAAAACACAUGCCAUUGCCACUUCAAUACAAACUUAUCAAAGGAGCUAAAAUGUGAAGAAUUAUCUACAGCUCCCUCUUAGAUUGGGAACAAAACAUCAAGCUGUCACAAGCUGAAUGACAUCCAAAACUCUUUAAAGGGAUAUUGUCAGGGAAGAGAGAAGACACAAUAUUAGAACUAGUCGUUUUUUGAGGGGGGCAGGGAGAGUGAACUUAAAGCUAUGUACAAACAAAACGUCAGUGAUGGAGCCACUCUGGAAAUACAUUUCCUGCAUUAAUGUUUGAAUUACUCUCUAGUGGAGCUUGGGGGGGGGGCAUUUUUUCAAGUUUGCCUUGGAAAACAGCUGUGUCCAGUGUUGUUUGGCUGCUGACCUUUGAUGUCAUGAACCAACCUCCCCCUUUUCAAAGAAAAAGAGAUUGCUUUAUAAAAACACAUGAAUGAAAAUUUAAUUGAAUAAAUGCACAUGUAAAGCUUCAGAAAAAAAGAAAGCACACAACCUGUCUAAAAAGGGGGGGGGGAGGAGAGAGGCUGAACUACUAACUGAAUUAGCAUUUAUAUUGCUGGUAGGUCUGUCUGUCACAUACCUUAUGAAGGUGGGAGGAUGCCGGGCUCACUAUGGGAGAAAAAUCCUGCUGAGACCCCUCCUUUAACAUUUCAUUUGCACACAGCUUUCAAAAGCAUAAUUUUAAUUACAAAUUAACUGCUUCCAUUUUUGCACCUCUCUCUUCAUCCUGUGUUUACAGAAAGAGCUGAAAUUUCACUUGCAGGAUGCAUUGUUUUCUCUUGUAUGUUUUUUUUUUUUUUAAAUCUUUUGAUUAUUGAUAAAGCAGCGAUUUUGUAGCUGUGCUUCAUUCUAUCACACAUCCAGGUAUGGGUUUUCUCAGUGUCCUUUAGUGACUGAAGAGGCAAGCAAGUACGUAGCUGGAAUGAAAGGGGCAAUAGGGAUGUAGGCAGCAAAGGGAGAGGAAAAGAUAACAGCUGGUGAUGUUCAUUAAAGCAACAAGGUUAUCCCUGUACAACAGGUUUCUCAGACUGAGGGUCAAAUAAGACAAUACUUUAAAUUGGCUGGUGCAUUUAGUGUUUCUGAUUUUUCAUAUGUGGGAAGGGUUGGUUACCACAAUAUGCAUACGGGUUUGUGUUUCUUUAAUGCUUUUUCUUUGCACUGUUGUCUUGUCAAAAACUAACCUCUCCUGAAGCUGUUUAUUGCCUGCAAGGGGACCUUGGAGCUAUAUAGCAGGUUGUAUCUCAGAAUUAACUUUCUGAGAUAAACUGUUUUCCAGGACCCUGGAAGUUUCUGGUGUGUGGUGUUAGUUUCCCAGCUUGAAAUAGCUGUAGUUCCCUCUUUCAACUAGUAGCAAUGGUAUUUCAGGGAGUAGGAAAUUGCUUGUGAUGUAGGUUCCCUUUCUGUGGUGCUCUAAUCAGGGUACAGAAGUAGCAGCUACACUUUUCAUCCCUGAACCACCUUUGCCUCCAGAUAUCUUUCUGUAGUUGUCUUCAUUCAUCAUUGGGCUCUGUUGCAUUCGCCUCUUUACUAUAUUGUGAGUGUAUACAUAAACUUCUGUGGAAAAUUCAAGGCAAAAACUUACGUAGAAAGUGUAGACAGAAAUCUUCUAUUCCAACUGCGCACUAGGGGUGGGCAAUAUCAGAUUUUCAACAUCGUGAUAUAUUACCAGCCAAACAUUGCAGUCUGGCGGUAUACCACGAUGUUGAAAAAACAAGCUGCAUUGGUCUCAGCCUGCAAGGCACCAGGUGAAAUUGCCAUAGUUCUCACCGCAGGAGCUGAGGCAGUUUCACCCCAGCACCUAGCAGGCUGGGACAACACAGCUUGUUUGUAUGGCUCAGCUAGGCUGCAGGAGGGCUCCCGAUCCCCAGCUGAGACAUCCCAGUACGAGCGGGGAGAGCACCGGGGCUCCUUUGCGUGUCUCUGCUGGGGAUAAGGAGGGCUCAACACCGCAGAGCCAUCCCUGGUGUCCCCGUCCCCCCGUGUCAGUGCUGGGCCGGGGAUCCUUUAACUGCUUGGAAGUCGCUAGCAGAGGGACUCAGGAAUGUGGGGGUUUCACCAGCGAUAUACCGCUGAGUGAAGCCAGCAUCAUGGUUUGCUCCUCAUACCGGUCCUGGGUGAAAUACUGCCCAGGCAUACCGUGCACCAAUUUAAUUGUUUAAUUGCGAGCCUGUUUGAAUCUAAACCAAGUUGGGCUUCAUUUGUAGCUAGCUGGAAAGCAAGUAAAAGGGCUUGAUUUUGAGUCAGUCUAUGUAAGUGUCAGCUCCGUGACACAAGGUUUAUUACUUUAGAUCUGUUCUGCCUGCCUGCAUGCAGACAAGGGAGAGAAGUUAUAUUGUUGUCUCGCCCUGGGCUGUUUUUCAUUGCAUUCCUGUGACUAAAGCCUGUAGUGUGGGAGUGUCUUUCUGCCCAUGAGUUAGACAUGGGAUUUUUAACCUAAGUCAGUUUCAGAAUAUCUCUGCCUGACCAGUAGAUUUAGAACAGUUUUGCCCUGCCUUUUCAUAGAGGCUCAAAGUAGCUUUCUAGUGUGCUAUUGUAAUCCUUUCCCUGUAAUGAUUUCUAGCCCCUAGUGGAAUAGAGUGUUUCUGGAAAGGAAAAUCUUAAAUUAGCCUUCAGUGUUGUGAAUAGCAUAGAUAUUUGUAAGUAAAUUGUGGCUUCUAGCAACAUGAUGGAAUGCAUUUUGGGGAGGGAACUCCAUGACAUGUAGCAUAUUGCCAUAAUUUUAGACAUUCUUUUGUGAAGUGCCAUGCUUUAAUGCACACAUAUUGCUCUAUUGCAUUACAAAUACACCCCCUUAAAUGUGCAAAUUUACACCCUUAAACAUGAAAGCUGAAAUGGCAGGUGGCUAUUUCCUGAUUUAUCAUUCAGAUAUACAGGGGGCAUUAAACACCUUUAUGUGGCUUCAACUGGUAUUUCUUGUUGAAAAGAUUGAAAUGUAAGAGGAGGGGUUGGUGGACUGGCAUUGCACUAUGAUGAGUAUGACUGAAGGAAGAAGUGAACUGGAAGUUCUCAUUUGUUCUGAAAGUGGAUGGAAGAUGUGCAGGUAGAUUAAAUGAAUGUAGCAGAAGUAGUCUCAUUAAAUGAGAAAUCAUCAAUCUAUUGUUUCAACAGUAGGUCACAACAGAAAACAAAAAGUAAAUAAUUACAGAAAUAAAACAUUUACUUGAACUGACAUUUGUGCAGGAAAAAUAAAAAGAUGAUGUGCACAAAAUGCAGGAAAGAGCAGCGUGCUGGGGGGAAAAAUGGCCAAAUUUUGAUAAUUGUAUAUGAAUGAUUUUUUUUUAGGAUAGUUUAUAUAUACAAAUCUCAAAAGAAUGUAGUUUUUUAGCCUAAGAUCAAAGAACAUAUUCUAUCAUAAAUUGUACCAAUUUGUAUCUCAAAUGUGUUUUGAAAACAGUUGCUGGAGAUGGGCAGAGCAAUCCUAUACAGUAUACCAAUUAUGUGGUGGUGGGAAUAUUGUGGUGGAACAGCUUGCUGUAUGUGUUUAGCCUGGGAGGAGAAAAUAGUCGCAGAAUACAAAAAGGCUUAAAAAUAGCAGGCAUCCCUGGAACGCCCAUCAAUAGGGGUGUUGGCUAUAACAUACAUCCCUUUGCUGCCCACAUUUGGAGCGAACCAGUCAGCUUAUGAUGACUGAGACACAUGUCUUUGCAUCACCAUGCAACGCACAUGGUGAUGCCAGAGCACCCCCAAUCCAUCAGCUUCAGUAGCCUGGUCAGCAAGGAAAUGUUACUGGUGCCCUCUAUAACCACAGGUUUGGAGCAAAAUGUGCAAAGGGAAGGAAAGGGAGCUCAUACAACACAACAUCUGAAUACAUCUCUGGGCAGGUGUAAAUGGUGUCACCUGAGUGCUCUGCCUGUGAACAUGGCUCUGCCUGAGGAGGGGACUGUAGUGACUUGUGAGUAUCCAUAUCCCUUCCCCUUUGGAGUUGCAUUUGAGGUGUAUGUGCAGUGGUAGUGAUAGUUUGUUCUGUUCCAUGCAUCCUAGCUUUGAUCCUGCAGGGGAAAAGCAUGAGCAUUUGGCUAGCAAUGACAGUGAGUGGAGUGGAGUGUGCGGCUUGUUACUCUGUUGGGGUGGGGCAGGAAGUCUGUCUCCUUUGUGUGGGAGAAAUACUUCUCCCACUGUUGGGGGUGGGAGGAAAAAGCAAUGCUUCAGACAAGAACAUAAGAAUAGCCAACCUAUGGGAAGUUCACAAGAAAGACCUGAGCAUAACAGCAUUCUCCCCACUUGUGAUGCCCAGCACAUUGACAUUGAGAGGCAUACUGCCUUCAACAGUGGUGGUAGAACACAGCCCUCAUGACUAGUGGCCAUUGAUGACAAAAUACAUAUGAUGAAGGGGAUGGGCUAAGACAUAGAAAAUAACUGCAGCAGUUAUACUUGGUGGCAUGAUUGCCCACUUUAUGGGAUGUUCUGUCCCGACACCCCCAAUUGCAGGAGUAGGGGUGGUUGUUGGGUAUUUGGGUCUGGUUUAGUAAAAUAGGGGUGUUUUCAUGGCAGUGACAUAUCUGGUGGUGUGGUGGGGGGGCAUCUACCAUAUCUUAUAGCCUCUCAGCCAUGGCUGCCAUAUUCCAAACAGUAAAAAUCUCGACAGAAAAGUUGUUGGGCUUUCUUUUUUUGAGCUUUUGCAAAAUCACAUAAAAACUUGCUGUUUGGGGACUAUUUUUAUGGAUUAUGGGCAAAAAUGACUUCCGACAUGGGCUGCCAUACAUCCAGAUUUUCCUGGACAUUUUACCAACUUCCGCCCAGACACUGCUGCUGACUGCAGUAUUCUGGGAUAUUCCAGACGUAUGGCAACCCUAGAAGGAUUGCUAUGUUCAGAAAGAAGAAAGAAAUGUCUGUGUUCUUACAAGGAAGUACUUUGGAGAUUUUUAAUCUGAAGGUGCCUACAUUGCCUUUCUGGGCUGUGAUAUUAUUUUGAUUCUAGAUGUUUACCUGCUCUUGCAUUUAUAUAUUUAUUAGUUAGAUUUUAUUUCUUUCAGACUGAGGGCUAUACAACAGCAUAGCUGUCUGCCCAGGCUGUUUUCUCUUUCGCCUCUUCUGAAUACCAUUCUCCCCCUGCUGCCCUGCACAACAAUAUUUGUUGUGUGAAUGGGUUAUUUGUUGUGUGGAUGGGUUACUGUUGCUGAAAAGGGAAGCACAAAGGCUAAAAUGUGGUUUGGGCAUUUGGGAGUGUAUGUAGACAUGACAAUAUGGAACAAUUAUCUAUAAACACUGGUGUCUUCAUUGAGUUUUGUCUGUAUUGCUGCAAUUUGUAUAAUCACAACAAAAGGGGCUUCUGUAGUUAAAUUAGAGUGACCACCUAUACAUUGUAGAGGGACCAGUUCCCAUAUCUUUGUGUGGGAGCAAUCAUGAGUGUGAGCAGAGAUAGAGAGAGAGUAGUCUAACUCUCUUCCUGAUGUGUUAAAUUUUCUAUUUACAGGUGUUUUAUGUAUGAGGGAGCAUUAAAACAUGCAGUUUGAAAUGUGUAGUCCCUAGAGGGGUGACUAUUCUGUAUCUGGAGAUCAUCUCUAAUGGAACAGGGGAAGGGGCUGCAACUCAGUUGUAGAACAUCUGUUUUGCAUGCAAAAGGUUCCAUGUUCAAUCUCCAGGUAGGGAUGGGAAUGUCCCCUGCCUGAAACAUCGGAAAGCUGCUGCCAGUCAGUCUAGACAGUACUGAUCUAGAUGGACCAAUGGUCUGACUCAGUAUAAGGCAGCUUCCUAGCUGUGGAUUAUACAUGUCAUCUUCCUUUGCGAAGAUGAAAAUUGGCUAACUGCACGUGUCCCAUCCAGUCUUGUGUAAUUGUGGAUAGGAAUUAGAACAUAGGGUGGUACAAUAAAUGAUUAACAUGCCGUCAUCAAGUCAAGAAAGAACAUAGCUGCUGGAUUGCUGAUGACGUUGAGGGUGGAUCCUUGAACAAUGAAAUGCUUACGGCCAGGGGCAUUGAAACUGGCUAUUGCCAGAUGGAUUCAGUAACUAGGAGUAAGAAUUUGAACUGCAUAAACUGCUAAGAUUCUCCUGUUCAAAUUGGUACAUCUACCAAAUUAUGUUCCUUCUGUUUGGUAGUCCUAUCUAAAUAGUUCUGAACUUGUCCAUAUAAUUUGGUACUAAAGGAGGCGGCGGCACAAGGAGAGUGAAUCUCAUGUGUUUAUAAAAUAUGCACCAGACUAUUGAUUCUAUAUUGUAACUUCACAAAAAGGACUUCCUGCUGUCAAAUGGAAAUUUGAUGUCGCAGUGUUUUGCCUCAGAUGACAGAUUUGGCAGCCUACAGCUAUUUGAUAAUUUCGCGGUCUGUAUUUUUUCUCUUGCACUCUUAUAUAAGGGGUUUGUUUUGCCAUCAGCAGUCUUCCUACUUGUGCUAACUUUAGGGUGCACCAAGUCAAAUGUAAGUGAAGGUAUGAGGUGGGGAGCAUGUGAACGGCUUAAAUUGAGGGGAUGGAAGUCCCCAGCUAUUCCUUUUUGAUUAUCAAUAUGAUGAGCUGCUACCUAGUGAAUAAUUUAAAAUCUGUCUGUGGGCAUGUUUAUAUUUCUGUAUAAAUGUAUGCUGUUUACAUUACUGACAGUUCACUUGGGUUUGCACCAACUCAUGUAGGAAAUAGGAGGGGAUGGAACUGAACUGUCAAUGUAAGAAAAAAAGGGAUUUUACAAGUGUUUAGAAUCCCAAGAUAACAGUAGGGGUAGUUUGGGUGUGCUUUUAUCUUGCUUAAAAAGUGUAAUCCUUAAAAUUGCUGAGCUAGAUGCACUUGACACUCAUUUUUUGAACACCCCCCCCCCAUGUUCUUGAUUUGGUCAAAUCAGGUUGCAGUUUUUUCAUCCAGGUCUUCAUGGUUGAAGCAUUUUCUGCUGGGAAAUAAGUGUCAGUGAUUAUCCUUAAACUAGAACAUAGAUUUCUUCAUGUGUCUCUCUUUAUAUGCUGUCUUCCACUUCUGUACAGUUUCUGUUUUCCUGAAAAUGUAAAUUCAGAUGUAGUGGCAAUAUGAAGAUGGGAUUGAACAAAGCUUUUGUUGCAUCAAAGAAGGGUUAAUAGGAUUCUAGAACACAUCAAAAGCAGUAUUAUCAGAAAGACAUUGGAAAAUACUACAGUAUUUUACAGAACUCUGGGGAGACUUCUGCCUUGGGCUAUAGCAUCUAACUUGAGGAUGUUCAUCUCCUAUAGGGAUAGACAAAAUUAGAAUUGUGCGACUUACUUAAUUGGUGGGUUAUUCAGUGCCUUGACUGUAGCCCUCAGAAAAUCUGAAAUCCGUACAGUUGGGAGUUUUAUUCCAUUGUGUUGUGUUCUUACAGUGAAUGUAUGAUUAGUGAUGUGUUUUAACAUUAACAGUAUAAGCUACAUGUUCACAUUCUUGGUCACUCUUCUUCAGCCAACUUUUCCACCUAUGUAGUGCUUUUGCCUUAUAAUCAAGAGUGAAUAAUGAUAGAUUUCCUGCUACAGCAGCAUGUUUGUUCCCACUUUGUGUUUCUUCAUUUGUGCACCAUCCGUUGCCUGUCUUUUCUUCUGAAUUACCGAUUACCUGUCUUGGAGGGGGAUGUGCUAAUGGACUGUGCUGGUGCAAUUCAGCUUUAUGUGCAACAUUUGCAUUGAAGAAGAAUAUUGCUUGACUUGUCAGUGACCAAAUCCUAAAUAUUGUCAGCAACAUGCUGAGCUUCCAACACACUGGAUCCAGCAUAGAUUAUGAUACUAACAUUAGCUAGUGGUGGAUGUCUGGAAAGGCAGAAUAAGAAGAAUGGAUAUGUCAUCAAUGGUAUUGUACAACCCAAACUUUAAAAGCCUCAGAAAUAGGACUUGGAUCAAGGGCUUAACAUAUAUGGUAGCAGUGAGGUAGCUAUCCUGACUUCAACAGGAAGGAGGUUGUACAGCUUAGGGACAGUCAUCGUAAAAUUCUAAUUCUGAGCUGUUUGCUGCAAAUGGGUUAAUAAUGUCAGUUGCACAGCCAGUAUAGAAGGGGUGGUGUACUUUUAAAGGUUUUUAAAACAGUGAGCAAAAGCAGUAUGUGUUGUGGUUCACCACCUCCUCUUUCUCCGCCUCUUCAUUUUAAAUGAAAAUGCAUUAAAAGGAAAGAAUCAAGGCCACUCUUAUGCAGAAAGAUUCCUUCACUUCAGUAAAAUUAUGUCAAAUGGACAAUACCCAGGAUUUUGACAUUUUCCAACUAAUAAAGUAGUUGAAAUAAUUUAAUGUGGGUAUCUAAUACAUGUCUGCCUUUUAAUCCAAUAAAUCUCAGGUCUGUGUGUCUGAGAACAGUUAUUCUGCCCCCCCCCCUUUUAAGGGUCAUCUAAGCCGAUAGACUCUUAAAUUAUCAAAUACAAUACUGCUUGAGGUUCUUUGUGUUGAAAUAGGAUGACUGGGUCAGUCUUAAUCGGAAAUAACCAUGACCCAUAUUACUUUAUUGUGACUUCCUCCUAACCCCCAAUCCCAAAAUCUCUUAAAAGGAUUUCCAGAAAUAAGAGCCCAAAGCGUAAUAGCUUAUAAGAGCCAAUACAGCACAGAACUUCAUGGAUGAUAUGGACUGGAAAUUGAGAAACGUAUGAGCUGUGAACUCUUACUGAUAUGUUACAUACAUGGUUUUUCUGUCAUUCAGAAGCUGUCCUGGUCUUUAAUGUUUGAAAGUUUUAUGUGAUGUAGGUUGCUAUUUGAGUCCUGUAAAAACUAGUGUGACACUGGAACACACUGGAGACUGAAGUUGAUUUUAGACAGGCUACUCUUCCCCAUCAUGUGCACAUAGUUUAUCAAAUAGAUGCCUCUGGUCAAACAGAUUUUGGAACCUAUAUAAAAACUUGCAAUAUAUAUUAUCAAAGGUUGAAGUUGGAUGAGUAUACACAUGAGCAGAGAUCCUUCCUUAAAAUUGCCUUUGAGUCCCUGAAAAGGUGACUGAACUUAAGCUGUAGUGGGAGAGAGAAACUGAUGGCGGAGCACAUGGGUGUGGGCAGGGGGGGCAGCUGUCCCCCUAGAUCAAGUAAAACAAUAGAAAUAUUUAACUAGCUGACCAAUCAUGUCACUACUGCCCCCCAAGUCUUGCCCCCCCAAAAAAUAUACUGGCUACGGAGGAAAUGGGUAUGUGGUAUUUCAAGAAAGGCAUUUCUAUCUCAGCUUUGCAGCAUCAUAUAAAAUACCAAAACACAGUGGUAUUUUGAUCUCUGGUGCUUUUUAGAGUUAAGCAAACAGUUUUCAUAUGAGAAAGGAGGCAAAAAGAUUAUUCUUUACACAACUCUAUCCUACAGUCUCACUGUAGAAUUCACUUAGCAUAGCUCUCCUCUGGUCUUGAGACAUGACCCUUGGGUUUAGCAAACAGAAACUACCACAGGGAAAGAAAAGCAAAGGGUAGUGUGCUGAAUGAAAGAUUGAUAUCAAUAGGUCAUAGGGCCAUUGUUUUGCUCAAAGGCUGCUUUAAGUAUGCAUUUACAUUUCUGUUGAAUAUUCAGUAAGCAUUUUUCCCUGCUAUUAUGUGUGUGCUGCUAGCAUCCUGGUGCUCUGAAAGAAGGGUUAAGAGUUCAGAACAUAAGCAAUUGAUGAUAAAUUCCAGCCUCUUAGGGGUCUGGGUCUCCUUUCCUUGCAUCUGUUUCCAUUGAUGCAUUUGCCGCUAGAAAUGAAUGUAUCGUGGCACAGAAGCAUCUGCAUAUAUUUGGUUUCCCCCUACGUUGCAACCACCUCUGAAUCUUUCUGAGUGUAUAUUUUAGUUUAAUGAUAGUCAUGUCUCUUGACUUCUAGUCACGUGAACACAUUAUUUGAGGACAAAGUAGAUGUAAUACAGAAGAUUGGUGAGUAGUAGCUCCCAAGUGCUGAAUUCCUAAUAUAUUCUCUCCUUCUGUUGCUCUUGACACUUAUUCAAAAAACGGAGAUCUAAUUGAAGAAUUUCUUGCAUCAUGUCUAGUAGGUCCAUAACAGAAAGGGUGUAUGUGUGUGUUGCUGUAGAAAAGUGUAAGGUCUGUGGAACUUUCAUCUUGGCAUGCAUAUGCUUUUUUUAAAGUUGUAAACAUAAAUCUGAAAUUCUUUGUGGCCUGUAGGUGUUCUUGCUGCUGAUUAUUAUUGUGGUCAAAGAAGCCUCACUUGUUUCUGACCUCGUUGAAAACACCUACAUGUUGAACUGGGGUUUGCAUUUGAAGCAAAAUAUUCUCCUUGAUUUGUACAUCCACUUGCAUUCAUGUCUCAGGAUUUUUUAUGUCUCAGUGUAAAUUGAACUGUGUUCUGUACAGUAUUUUCCUUCCCUGCUUAACUGGGUACAGUAGCCAAGCUGACAUUCAGACAGAACUCUGCCAAAAUAAACAAAAAAAGAAAAACCAGCCAUCCAUGGAAUUGCGCCCUGGAUGUUUGUACCAGGUUUCAUUCUAAUAUUGUAGCCAUGAGGUGUGAAAAAGAACAACAUAAAUAUUCAGGGGAGAAGGAACAUUCUUCCUCAGGAUCUUUUCAGAAUCCACUCCUCUCCCCUACCGGGAAACUCCCAUGAAAUACUUUUAUCUUUUGACGUGAGUUAAAUGCUUUUUGAGACAAGUUUGUAUCUAUAUAAAAAUGUUUGUACCUCAUAUUUUGGGAAAGGCAAUCUACUGCAUUUAAGAAUGAUAAUGUGCUAUUGAAAAGUGUUGUUAUCCAGAUUAAAUUUGACAUGCAAUAUGCUGCUGGGCUCUUAGUAAAAGAACAAGUGCAACGUUCCCACACACACAUACACACAUUUUAGUAUGACUGUAUAAGACUGCUUCUGUUGCCAGAUAAAACACUUUCUUCCAAUGCAUGGCUUUGUUUCUAUUUCCAAUUCAACCCUCCUCCCCUCAAAAAAGCCAUUCUCAGAUGGCAAAAGCUAAGAUACAUUUGCUUAGGUAGCAUAGAUACAGCCACGUGUGUGGGGGGGGGGGGGUCACUUGUAUUGAGUAUAUUCACAAGUUUGCUUAGACAAAACUGAGACAUUUGUUCUUUGGAGACUGCAAGCCUAUAGCGUUCUUGCUUGGGAGUAAGCACCACUAAACAGAUUAGGUCUGUCUUCUGAGUAAACAUGCAUAGCAUUGCUCUGUAAAUUUAAUAAAUUUGCCAAGUAGGUAUAAUUAUAGUAUGCUAACUACCUUAUAAAUUAUGCAAUUUAUAUUAAAACAGUAAGACAAAUUUAGGAGUGUAUUUCAAUUUGCCUAUUUCUGUUUUCCCUAUGGCUGCAACAGUAUUACAUCUUUAGUUGUAAUGCUAACCUUUAUUAACAAAGUGUCAAAAUGGUGAGUUAAACCAAAGGCCUUAUGUCACUAGGCCAGGGGUCAGCAACCCGUGGCUCCGGAGCCGCAUGUGGCUCUUUUACACCUUUGCCGCGGCUCCGGGGCGCCUCUUCCCUCAUGGUGCAGGGAGCGAGGAAGAAGAGGAGGAGGGCGGCGGCAGGAAGGCGCGCCAGGGCGCAGCGGCAGUUCUCCCCUCAGGUGGAUGCGGCUGCCACUGCCACCGCCGGCCACACACAGGCGCGUCCACAUGCAGGCGUGCUCCCUUUCGCUGUCCGCAGCCCACCUGCCCUCAGGCCCCGCGCGCCGCGUGUCGUCGAGAGCCGCCCACCCAGGCCACGCUCUCCUCAGCCCCGCGCGCAAGGCACCUGAGGCGAGGGAGAGGGAAAUGGCGGGGCUGGGUUUGUGUGUGUGUGUGUGUGUGUGUGUGAGGGGUGGCGGUGGUGCUUCGGGAUCCUUUUCCGUGCCUUGCUUCUGAGUGGCCGCCGAGUUGAGGGACAGCACCUGAGGUGAACCACAAAAUGGGCCUGCCCUCCCUGUCAGGAAGGAAGGGGUGAAUUACGUCAGUGACGAGGAGGGGGUCCAGAGGUAGCCAGCAGGAGAGGCGGGGGAGCACGAGAGCAAUUGCAGGGGGGGGCUGUUAGGCACCAAAAUCCUGCAUGCGGGAUUUCCCCCGUUCUCUCGUGCCUAUGCAAUUCCUGCCCUUCUCCCUUCCCCCUCGAGAUUUGCUGCAGAGACAAGCAAAUGAAGAAGAAAGGGAAGAGUAUUAGCUGACAUGUCCCCGGAUCCCAUGGAAAGCACCACAGAUUCCUUUGCUUACCAGCUCUUUUUAUUUUAAGUUGGCUUCAAACCUGUAAUUGUGUAGGUGUAUGUAUGUAUACAUAUACACACAUAAAUAUUCAUAUCUCUUCCCUCUCACCUUCCUUUCACCCAGUUUCUCUGGCACUGGUUUAUAAAUGCUGCUAUGUAGAAAUGAUGAGAAAGUUGCACCAGCAGAAGGAAUGGAUAUGUGCUAUUAGUAAAAAGAGAGGGACUUGAACUGCAGGGAGGGACAGACACGUUUCUAUGUAUUAAUUUGUAUAAUGCCCUCUAUGCACAUGGUGCUUUGCAAAAAAUGGAUAUGAGAGGUACCAUACCCCUCUUUGCUAUCUGAAAUAGACUCAGGGAAAAGAGAGAGAAUGGGGGAAGGGGAAGAAUGUGUGGUUAUUUACAUUUGGCUUGUUUUGUGGCUCCCAGUUUUUUUUCCCCUUCGGAAACGGGUCCAAGUGGCUCUUUUUGUCUUAAAGGUUGCAGACCCCUGCACUAGGCCAAUAAACUGAUUCAGCCUUAACAAACUCCCUUUUCCUGCCUGCCCCCUUUCCCUUCUUAGAAUCUUCUGACAUUGCAGCUUUGCAAGGUCCCUUCUCCACUUACAUGUAGCACCUGCAUUUCGUCUUGUCAGACGCAUGUACAAGCACAUACACAAAUACAGUCAUUUAAUCAGCUGAGGCACUGGGGCCAUACUUAUCUGCAGCCCACACAACUCCUGCUCCUGCUUUCUCCCCCCAGCUUGUUUUGAUCUUCUGCAGAGGUGCAAUGUGAUUGUUGUUGCUGUUGCUGUUUGUUUAUCACAUUUAUAUACCAUCUUUAUCUUCCAAGACUCAAGGUGGUGUGCAUGGUUCUCCUCCCCAUUUCAUCCUCACAACAACCUUGUGACUGGCUCAAGGUUACCUAAUGAGCUUCAUGGCUGAGUGGGGAUUCAAAUCUUACUCUCCCAGGCCCUAGUCCAACAUUCUGGUACUCUACACUGGUUCUUCAGAGUGCUUGGGACAGUGUAAAUGGUCUCUUAUUAUCAUUGGAACAGCCCCAUGAACUAGGCUAGAGAGGAGAGAUGGGGAUUUGCCCAGGGCCCACCCUGCUUCAGAACUGGUAGAGUAGAGUGGGGUUUGGGUCAUCACUCUCCCAUUUAAAAGUCUGAUCCACACAAUCUGCGACACAUUGACAGACAUGGGUUGAGGAUGGGGUUGCAUUCACUCUGUGAAGAUAAGCCAUGACCACCCAAAUCUUUCUGCAGCAUCAUAGCUUCCUUGUCUCUGUGUAUAUUAAUAACUUCAAGUAUGCUAAGAUAACAGUUUGAUUUAGAUUGGAAUCAUUUGUGGUGGGGAAAAAUAUGUAGUAUUAUGGCUUAUGGAAAGUGUCUGCACUUCUGAAAAGCACGCCGCCAAGAAUGAUCUGUUAGUAGCGAAGGGGAGAGAAACAAGAAUUCACUUUCAGUUGAGCCAACUAGGAUUGUUUUGUUGUUACUGCUGUAAUUUAUGCUCUUUGCAAAUUUUGAAGUGCACCUAAACUGGGAGGCUGUGUUGUUGUUUAUAUACAUAUAUACUAGGAGUACAGAUUCCAGUAUUCUUGUACUUCCUUUCAAACCCAGCCAUUGUAUCUGUUAAAAUCUGGCUUGUGUCAGACUGAGCCUCUUUGCCAAAAUUCCUAUCCAAAGGAGCCAAGAUCCUACUUUUUUUUUUGUAAAACUUCUUGGUAAUAUAGUUUUACAGUCACAGCAGUUUACAGUUUCAUUCCUACUGUGAUAUGUCUUAUAGCUCUAUUGGCAGGAUUGGGAACCAACAGGAGAGUUACCCACAAUGAGAGUUGAUAAUAUAAAAAUAAAUUGGGGGGGGGAUUACAGCUUUGUCUAUUUGUCAAUCUGUUUAUGUCAAAAUACUCCUGCCACUGUUUCAUAAGCAGCAGUAUACUAGUUGCUGAUAAAAUUCCUUUGUGAUCCACUGUCCUUCCCUCUCAUAGUGCCUCAGAAAGAAUUACAGUGCCAAAGGCAAGUCAGUGGGGCUGGUAGCUAAGUGGUAGAGCCACUAGGAUCAUAGAAUUGUAGAAUUGAAGGGUACCCUGAGGGUCAUCUAGUCCAGCCCUCGCCAUGCAGGUAUCCUGUCCACAGUCGUCCCUGGGUGAACUUGAACCACCAACCUUCUGGUUAACAGCCAGAUUUACUGACCCAUUGUACCACAGCAUACUUUGCAUGAAAGUCCUAGGAUCAUUCUGCAGUACGUUUUAUGAUGAACUCAAGUACAGGCAUUGGACAUUAGAAAGCCAUUGCUGGGGUGUACUUUGCUGCAAGGGGCCAAUGAUCUUCAUAAGGUAAUUCCACAUGCUUAGCUAUUCCUUUUUUUUUUUUAAUGGCAGUUCAAGGAUCAAUCAACAUUAUACAGUGGUGCCUCGCAAGACGAAAUUAAUUCGUUCCGCGAGUUUUGUCGUCUUGCGAUUUUUUUCGUCUUGCGAAGCACGGUGUCGGGAAAGUUUUGGAAAAGCUUCAAAAAUCACCAAAGUCUUUAAAAACCUCAAAAAAGGCUACCACACCGCGUUCUCUGAAUUGCUCCUCGAAGUCAAGUCGCAACUGUAUUAACGGUGUUAAGAAAAAGGAAGCAAACUUGCAAGAUGUUUCUGUCUUGCGAAGCAAGCCCAUAGGGAAAAUCGUCUUGCGAAGCAGCUCAAAAAACAAAAAACCCUUUCGUCUAGCGAGUUUUUUGUCUUGCGAGGCAUUCGUCUUGCGAGGUACCACUGUAUCUGCACUAGCCUUACGUGAAGAACAGUAGGAAGCGAUACCCUAGUAGGAUAAAGGGACUGAUUCAGACAUUGUGUUAAAACCAUAGUUAAGGUUAAAAAUCCCUGCUGCACUUCUUCUUUCUCUCUUUGCUUGGGUAACAAACCAAACAGAAGCUGGCUUUGUGUGUGUUUCUCUCCAAACAAACCAUGAGUGGAAGCCAAGGCUUGCACUUUGCUUAUUACUUAAGGUUUGUUUUGGAGAAACAAACGAGGAGAGCUGGUUCACACAUAACUCAAAGACAGCCUGUGGUCUCUUUCUUCCCCAAUGUGCCAGUGGAAACAACAGUGGAAGAGUGCAGCAUGGACUUUUGAGCAGCGUACCCCAACAUACCGCUUGUUCACAUUAAACCCCAGUAUAACCUUAACUAUGCUUUAAAGUGAUGUCUGAACCUGGCCAUUAAUCAUGCUCCUAAUAGGUCAGGCAUCUGAUUAUUCUAUUUUCUAGAAGAGAGGAAAUAAUGAAUUGUAACUAUGUAAGAUGUGCCAAAAUGAUUCAUUGUCAAACUGAAACAUGUUAGGUACAAACAUACAGUUCUUCUGGGAGAAAAGAGCUAAACAGUUUAACUAAAAUAAAAGAGCAUUCUACUCAUAUUUAGUGUCCAGCUUGAUAUUAGCUUUGCAUUAAAUUAUUUCUACGUGCAGUGGCUUUUUCCUUCCACAAUUUAUAAACUGGACAGUUUAUUAAGUAUUUUUUUUAACUUAAUAACGUUGUGGCAAAUAAUUGAUACUGUUUGAGCAAUCGUAGGAUAAUCCUGUGUAUGGAAAUGAGUUUCAGGGUGUUGGGGAUUUCUUGGGUUGAGUACAAACUAUCCAGAUGAAUACAUCAGAAGACUGUGGCUUAGUUUGCAUGUAACACUAAGCUAAACCAUGGCUUAGCACAAACCAAUUAAUGUGUGGGUUCCCAUAGCAAAGAUUCCAGUCAUUUUGCUCCUUCUCUGGUUGUCCUGCUACUAUUUUGCUGUAAGUCAAACCGGAUUUUGUCUUUGCAUUAUGUCCAAACCUGGGCUCACGGUUUAUCUCCUAUAGACAAGCCAUGUUCAGUAAGCCAUAGAACAAACCUGGGCUACAGCUUGUGGUUUGGCAGGAGCAAGAGAUAUCACAAGUCCAGGUUUUGACGUAACACUAAGCAAAAUCAUGGGUUUACUCACAGAAAUAUGGGAACAACACGAUCUGAAGUGACCAUUAUUUUAUGUCCGGGAAAUUGCACAUUUAGGCUAUGCCAUUUUUUAGGUUAGUGUUACAUGUGACCCAGGUCUGUGUGCCACAGUGCUACACUUUAAAAGUCCUCAUGUUUUUGAAACACCCCUCCUCAAUAGAUGACAUAGCUGUUAGGACGGGGGAAGCUAAUCUUUAAGUAGAGUGGAAGCCUCCAGAAUGCUGGUUCUCUCAGACUUCCUUGGGUUAGGUCAUUUGAGUAGAAAACAUUCAAUAUUUUCUGCUAAAAACUUCUGUAAUUCUUUGAUUUGUGGGUAUGUAUAUUAAAAUCUGAAUUAGGAUCUCUAUUAAUAUAAAAGAUACUUAUGGGUUUCUGUUUCUUUUUUUUUUUUUUUGCCUGCAUAUUUUUUGAAAGUUUGUGAUAGUACGUAUUUAAGUUUUUGGCAGCAGCUGCAUUGUCCAUGUUUGAAGUGAAAACUAUUAAUCUAAGCAGCUAGAAAUGCUAAGGGCUAGAAAUGCUAGUGGAAGCUAGGAUUCUCAGGAUUUUAAUAGCAUCUAGGCUGCAGAAACCAGUUUUUUGGUGAUAUAAAUUGUUGCCCACCCCCAGUUAGUAGAAUUAACUUUCAGCAUAGUGUUAUGUGAAUACUGUUGCCCUGAGUCCCUUUCAGUGUACUCAUUUUUGGAAAGAAGAUAUCUUUGCAGGUCUUGCUUUAUUCUUAGCCUCUCACAUUGCAAGUAUUACCUUGGUGCUUAGUUAAAAUAGUGAGGUCUGUUAUGGAUAAUUUCUUUGCAACUGGCCAUUUUAGCUUCCUGGAUUUGAAAUGCCGAGGCACAUUUGAACUUGCAAGAACUUAAUUGUUGCAGCAUUUUAACUACAAAUAUUUAUUACAACUGCCAUUCCUUCCCCUAAAGGAUACUGGAAAUAGUAUUUCAGGGCACUGGGAAUUCAGUGUGCCCCAUAAUCCCUUCUCACAGAACUACAAUUCCCAGGGUUUCUUGUGGGAGGAGAAAUGAUUCGACUGUUAAACCAGCCUGUGCAGUGUUUAUACUUUCCAGUUCAUUGCUCCCAUUUCCCCAUUGCUUAGGCCUCAUGUGACAUCUUAAGGUGGUUUGUCUAAGAUGCUACAUACCACAGUUACUCACAUAGAGUUUUCUUGGCCCUUUCCCUUACUCCCUUGUGAUAAUAAUUACACAAGUCCACUAAUUACAUGAGCUCAGUAUGUUGACUAUUAGAGAUGAAACAGGAUACCCCUUGUUGGAUAUUAGAAGAAACGGGAUACCCCAUCUUUUAAUGAAAAUGCAAACUAUAUUGUGUUAGAUCUAUUAUUUUAAUAGAUACUUGUACCUUUUUUGCCUCUAUCUUGAAUUCUGUACCAGUACACUGUGGAAGUUUAGAUGUGGCUUUGAGGUACAUUUCUGCAUAAAGCCUAAGGUAUACUUGGACAACCAAACUACCAACAUCAAAGUUUAUGGAAUCCUUACCAUUUGGUUACUAUAUUGAUUGCUAUAUUUUUUAAGUCUAUUUUUUGUUUUGUUUGUAGGUAGUCCAGAGAAUAUUUUUUGGUAUUAGAAUCAUAGAAUUGUAGAGUUGAAAGGGACUAUGAAAGUCAUCUAGUUCAACCCACUGCAAUGCAGGAAUCUUUUGCCCAGUAUGGUGCUUGAACCCACGGCCCUGAGAUUAAGUCUCAUGCUCCUACCAACUGACCUAUCCAACAUUAUUUUUUGUUGGCAUCAGUCUGUCUUGAGAGACAAUGGAGUGUGCAUCCAGGGGUGAAGACAAAGCAGUGGAUGUGCCUGAUGUGGCUGCAGAAACCAGUAACUCACAACUACAUUGAUUUGCUGCGUUAGCAGCACUGAAGUGACCUCUCUGGGGCGCAAGCCUGGGUGGUGUGUAUGGAGGUCUUGGGUUGCCCAGAAAACAAGACCUCUUGGCCUCACCAGUGUGGUGCAAAGGAAAGCAGAGCAAUACACUUGGUAACAGCUUGGCUGUGGGAGUUGCCAGAAGGAGGCAUAUAAGGUGCCAUCAAACUGCCUAAGGGACUCCACCGGAUUUGUGUAGGGUUUACUUGUUAGCUUUUUCUUCUCCCAAAAAUCUCCUUCAAGGCAGUGGGUAUGGAUUUUUUCUUGGGGAUUAUUUAUAAAGCCUUUCUUAUGAAUGAGUAUAGCCGCAAGGCAGCAGAGGUUUCAAAUCAGGGUUAUCCUUCUCCUAGAUGGGCUACUGGUAAAGCCUGCGACUCUUAAUGUCAGGGUCAUGGGUUUGAGCCCCACACUGGGUGAAAGAUUCCAACAUUGCAGAGGCUUGGUCUACAUGACCCUCAUGGUCCCUUCCAACUCUAUGAUUCUAGCAUCCCUGGUUGAUGAGCCCCAUAUGCCCCUCAUUUCCCUCUACAGCACAUGAAGCCAACAUUAAAUGACUAAUAAAUAAACACAGUACUACAACUUAAUAGAGCUACUGGACAUCUGCCCUUCAGAUAUUCACAUUAACAUUAGAUGACUUUUUAAUUAUAAGUUGAAGCCUAAUAGUGCAUUCUAGAAUGUAUUGCCACUUAUACUAACUUUGCUUAGGUAACAGAUAAAAUUAACUGUCUAAAAAAUUAUUGCCAUGAAAUUCACAUCUGUAUAAUUGAUUUUAAAAUAGUUGGCUCCUGUGAGCCAACAGAGCAAUAAUAGAUUUUUUAAAAAACCACACAUUGGGCUUUGUUCUACACGGAGGGAGGGCAGCCAGAUGGCACAAGUUUAAGGCCUUAGUGAGAUUUGACCCAGGGAUAGGGUGGGGGGUUGAUUAUGUAUCAUUUCCACUGUCUUGGGUUGCACUUCAUUUGCAUAUUUUGAAAUGGAGCUAGAGAGUCACUUUGUGAACAGUUUAUUCAGCAGAAUACUGGGAAUGGAGUCCUAAAAUCAGAACCCUGAAUAAUGAAAUCAUAACUACAGCAUACAGCUGUAGUUGUACCUUGUAGAAGAGGAAUAAUUCUGAAGAUUUGAGAAAAGAAGCUGUACAGUGGCUUGAAAGAUGCAAGCAAAUUAUUGGGUUGUUUUUUUAAUACAGUGAGUGAAUUUGAGCUGUUCAUUGAUUCAUUCAUUUGUUACAUGAAUAAUCCCACCUUUCCUUCAUAAGAACUGAAAGUGGUGUUCAUGGUGUUCCCGGACAGUCUGCAGUAUGGGUACAGACAAGAACCAAACCUGUUUAAAUUUAGCAAGGUGGCUAUAUCACAUGUCUUCAGACCAGCAGGACUUUUUAUAUAGAAAUAUAUAUCUAGAACUAAUCUGUAAUAUUAAAUAAUUAAGAUGUUUUGGGAUGGGGUAAUAGAAAGUUGAACAAGUUAGAAAAUAUUACCAGGGUAUUUUGCAAACAUGCUGGCAAAAGUUUCUAGUGGCAUUCAUAAUACUUUGAAAACGUGUAAGUGUAUAUAAUAUCUAUAUAAUAUAGACAAAAGUAAAUGCUGAGCUUGAAUAUUGCCCUUCAUGAAAACAAGACUGGGACAGAUGCUCACUAAUUGGAGCGAGACCAAGACAGACAGGGAGAGUGAAAGUUAAUUUAUGUUUGACGGGCCAUGAAAUAACUUUUUCAUUUUGGCCCUAGCAUGUCAUUCUGUCUGACUAUUAAUGUGAAUUGCUGUACUAAGCACUUCCAUCUACUAUAAGAUCCUCAAGGCGAGGCAACAGAAUCCUCCUUGAUUUUGUUCAUAUAUACUUCUGUUUUAAGGUGCAAGUCACCUUGUGAGUUUCACCUACUUGAAGUCUGUUGUGAAGAAUUCUGCCAUCUGUAUUUAAAUAUUCUGCAAUUGUCGUGAACAAGCACUUGGAAAAUUGAUAGGUGUUCAGUAAUGGUGUUGUAUACCUGAAGGAGCGUCUCCACCCCCAUUGUUCAGCCUGACCACUGUGGUCCCAUUCUGGGGGUCUUCUGGCAGUUCCCUCACUGUGAAAAGGGCAGUUACAGGGAACCAGGCAGAGGGCCUUCUCGGUCAUGGUGUAAUCCCUGUGGAACACCCUCCCAUCAGAUGUCAAGGAAAUAAACAUCUAUCUGACUUUUAGAAGGUAUUAUAAGACAGCCCUGUACAGGGAGGUUUUUAAUGUUUGGUGUCUCAGUGUAUUUUUAUAUUAUGCUUGAAACUGCCCAGAGUGGCUGUGAUAUAAGUAAUAAAUUAAUAAUUAACAAGAUGAUGAUGAUGAUGAUAGAAUCUUCAGGUUGGCCACAAGUCAUUGAGGAUGGCAAACUAUUUUUUGUUGUAGGCUACCACAUUUCUGUGCUAAAAGCAAAAAAACUGAAGCAAAAACCCAUCAAGCAUGUGCACAAAAAUAAGGGGUCUUGCCGGGGGGGGGUGCUUUUUGUGCUGCUGAAUAUAUAAUUUACACUUACAUGACUAAUACUUAAACACUGAUUUGUGAGAAUACUUGUCAUAACCUAAGAUUUUAGUCAAAAUAUUGUGGGCAAAAUGAAUAAAACAUUUUGGGGAAUCGGAAGUGCAGGAUUGAGGGAGAAAAUUCAUCUAACCUUAUAUAUAUUCACGUUAUGAGAAGUAAAGAUGCAUUCAGCUACAUGGGCUGCUGUGCAGACUGACAUGAGCUAGUAUGUUACAAGUAAUGGGCUUCUUAUAUUCAUGCAUUGUUAAUGUUACGCUCAGACAUGUGCAGCUUAUACUGCAGUCUAGCAUGUAAAGUUACCAGAUAUACUCAGUUCUGCAUAUAGCAACUGAUUAUAUUGGAGGUGAGUUUGCAGGUCUCGCAACCUGUCAAGGAAAAAUGGUACAUGAUUUUGGAAACCCAUGUCUUGUUCUUAAACAAUAUCCUUUAUUAUAAGCUUAAAAAUGUACACCCCUUCAUUGCGGGACUUCAAAUAUGGCAUAGAAUGGUCUUGAUAUUGUGGAACAUGUAGAGAAUUGUAUUAACUUUAAGGUGAAACCACACAUUCUUCAAGAUCUCAGGUGAACUUCCAGAAAAAUUAUUAUGGACAACAGGAACAGCUCGCUGCCUGGUAUUUUUAUUCUCUGGGGCCAAUAUGGCAAUAAUGAUGCCAACUGUCUUAUAAUGAAAACAGCAUUCAAGUAGUUGGCAGUUUCCAAUUAGUUGCUCCGUUUACUGGAAAGAACAACUUUCAACAGCCUUAUAGGUUUUAUUUCACUUGGCAGUAAUUGGAGUAGGUGAACAACAACCGGCUGGAGUUUACAAUGCAGGGCUGGCAGAGAGGCAACUGAUAUGUGAACUGGAGAAGCAGCAAAAAGAAUGUGAUCAACUCUGAGAACAGCAGCAGAGGAAAGAUUGCAUAUUCUAGUUUCAGAAGUGGUAUAUAUCCAUAUUCAGACAGAUUAUUUAAUAAGAUUUCUUUCCCAUCCUCAACAGAAGAUCCCAGGGUGGAUUACAGCAAUAAAAUACACAAUUUUAAAAAGUUGAAACCAUUGCAUAGAAAAUCAUUCCAAAUGGAACAAAACUGUAUAAAUUCAGCGGAAGAGGUGUGUCCCACAAAACAAAGGUCAGAAAUCCAUACAACAAAACUGCUUGAUGCACCUUUGUAGACAGGGUUCCACAAUGUAGGGUCUGCCACAGAGAAAGCCCUCACCUGGGCUGCCAUUCCCUGCACUUUUGAAGGGUGGUGACACUACCAAAAGAGCCCACUCUGCUAGGCCUGGGCGACAUAUCAAUAUAUUGCCCAGGACAGGUAUGAGAGGCAGACCGUGAUGGUGGUUUCACUCAGUGGUAUAUCGCUAAUGAAACUGCCAUCACUCCUGUGUGUCUCCAGUGCCCAGCACAGCGAGGGAGAAACAAGCUUCAGCUGGCCGCUAGAGGCAGAGGGACUCAGAGCCUUGGCUGUUUCAACAACAAUACACCGCUGACUGAAACUGCCAUCAUGGUUUGCCCCUCAUGCCAGCACAGAGUGAGAAUCAAGAUGCAUCGGCCAGGCACUAAUACAGCUUCUUCCUCCCUCCUUUUUUUUAAAAAAACUUCUUGACUGAGGAGUGCACGGCUGCUCUUGCCUCAGCCAAGCAGAUUUACAGAGCCCCUAACCCACCACUGGUUCGCACGAGCCAGGGAUGAGGCCUCCGUUAAACUGUAACUGCUCCGGGCUGAAAAAGCCCCGAUCCUUCUCUUGCUUGCACAUGAGCAGGAGGAGGAUCUGGGCUCCCUCAGCUGGGCAGCAGGAGGCUUUGCGCUCCCUGGCUGAGGUCCGCAAAUAAGCCCCUGUCCCUCUGGCAUGCGCACACCAGUUGGGGACCUUGCUUGGCUGGGGGGCGAGAGCCUUCGUUCUUCCCAGCUGAGAAAGCCCUGCCAGUAAAGGCGAAGGGAGCCCUGGCGACAGAACCUGUAGCAGCACUCUCUCCAUCUUCGGGCAAGGGAGGGGAUGAACAAGCGUCCUCUUUCUCCCAAGAGGUGGAGGCCUCCCCCUUGGGAAGCUGUUAAGUGUCCACUUCUUUUUCACCGGUAUAUUUUCUUGUUGAAGCACCUAACACAAUGUUAAUAAAGGUAUGGCAAUUUAUCGCACAGCUCUAGAAGGAAUGGAAACCCCUAUCUGAUAGUGGCCAACCUGAUUUCUGAAGGCAUGGACAACUAGAGAAAGAUUGGUUGGCUUAGUCAAUGGGCUUGUAUGGGAGAAGGCAGUUCUUCAUUAACCUGUCCUAGACCUUUUAGGUCUUUGUAAACUAAAACUAGCACUCUGAAGUAUUGCCAGAAGUUAAUGAAUAUCUAAAGUGAAUCUCUAGAUAGGCAGGGAAAGGUUGCUGUCUAAAGCCCUGGAGAGCCACUGCCAGUGCAUGUGUGGACAACAGAGCUAGAUAGACGAAUGGUUUGACUCUGUAUAAGACACUUCCCUAUGUCCCUAGAGACCCUCAGUGUUUCUGCAGCUGGAGUAACGUCCACAUCAGUUCUAGCCUUCAGUCAGUUCUUUUUACCUUACACCAGUACUUUCCUGAUUAUUUCCUUGCAUCAUAACAAUGUUCACCCAUUCCUCUAUUUUUACAUUGCUUUCCCAGAGUCCUCUGGCCUAUUUAAAGUACUUCUCCCUCCCCCAUAUGACGACCCUAUGUCUACAGUCGAAGUAAAUUUUGCCUAUGAAGCCAAUUCUAGCUGUCCACAUUUGGGGAGGUUUGUAGCUUGUUUUCUGAACAGGGUUGAAUUGCUAUUAUAUGGCAAGUUAGUUAGAGGUCCCCUGAGCUAAUGUUAUAACCGCUAGAAGGAAAGUCUGUAUGUACUGAUAAAAAUAAUUGUCAGUUUCCUGUUUUGAACUGUGCAUUCUAUUGCUAUGGCAUAUUUUGUCUGGGCCACUUGACCAGGACAUUCCUUUAACAGAAGAGGCUCCUCUGUAGAGUUUAUUAUGACAAUGUUCAAGGUAGGGAGAUGAUUCAUGGGAGCACAGAGCAUAGUUUUCUGGACUAUUAUUUUUUGCCAUUAUUAAAAGAGGCAGCUGGUUAAAAUGUAAAAUAUGGGGCGUUUUCAGAUAUACCAUAUGAACUCCAUAUAUAGAUACUUGCAUGAAUGAAUGCUGGAGUGGUCUGGUUCACCAGCUGCAUCCCCCCUCUCCCGUUCAACAUAAAUGUACAUAUAAGAAGGUGCUAUUUUGUAUUAUUAUGUUUGACUGUAUUCAUCUUUUCAUUGUUAAUUUCUCUUAAAAUUAAAACUAUAAAUAUAAAAAUUGAAAAUAUCAAGUGGAGACAAAAUUCUAAAUAGUAUAAACUUUUUCUGCUCACCUAAAUACAGAAUGGUUGUACUGCAACUUAGAUGUGGCUUUCACAGAUGGUGCAUGACAGCUGAGUUGUGCACAUGGGCAACAAUACAAAUCUGUUUCCUCACCCUGUGUGAAUGUUUGAAAGUCAGAGCAUUAAAAAUACAUUUUGAUCGGUAUAAGUGUACUGCAGGGGAGUUCUGUUUGUUAAAUAGGAAUCACCCAUCGGAAGGUAGUUUCCCAAGUAUUUUGUGGUAUGAAAUUGGGGUGGGGGUCUGCUGUUGACAAGAUAAUGUCAAAAAUUCCACUGAGGAUAUGUAAGCUUUGAUCAUGUCUAAUUUAGCUCUCUCUAGUUCAGCCUUCAGUUUCUCCUCUUCCCCCCACCCCUGGCAGCCACGCACACACACCUACAUGCAUAACUUUGCUUAUGCUGUUCUAAAAUCCCCAUUCUCCUGUAGGGGAGAAAUGUGAUCCUGCGUGGGUUGUCACCGCCCAUCUCUCCACUGGUUAGAAAGUAUUUCUGUACCGUCAUCAUAACAUAUCAGUGUUGUGUACAACAUAAAGACAUAAAAUACCAUUAAAAACAAGACAAAUAAUAAUUUAAGUGAUUAAACUACUGGGUAAUCAAAAAUUUAUACACCUACUGUUAUAAGAACAGGCUUCAAGAGACAACUGAAAGUCAAAAGUAAGAGUGCCUGCUGAAUCUCUUUUUGGAAGAAUGUUCCACAGCAAAUUUUAUCCAUAUUGGAUAUAACUGGGGGGAAACUGCUCAUUUUGCUACACCCAAAUCCCUCCCUCCUUUCUUCAAAAUGCCUGCAACGGGGUGCUUUGAAGUAGCAAAGGGGGACUACUGCAGACACUUUCUCCCUCAAACUUAAUUGCCUCUCCCCUGCUUUAUCUCUGCCAGAAUUCUGACUCUGUUUCAAGCCACUAAAGUGAAUAUAUCACUAAUGUGAAUAUAUGUGAACAGACAAUAAAAUAAAUAAGACUUUUGGAGUGCAUUGAAAUAAAAGCAACUGUUUUGUAGCACCUCACAGGUUUAUGUGUCAUAAGCUUUUGUAUACCCAGAGUCCAUUUCAUCGCAGACCUAAAUUGGUAAAACGUCUGAUGUAAUUUGUCAACACGAGACAACUCUCUUCCUCUUUUCACCUGACUUGUUCAUAAAUAUUUGUCCUGUCUGGCUUUGUUUCAUGAACCAAAUUCAAAGGAGGAGGAGCGAUCGGACAAAUCAGAGCAUUUUUUUAAAGUUUUCCCAUUUGGGGGGUUUUUUUUGUUUUGUUUUGUUUUUUGCUUGGGGGGGUGUCAAAAUUCCAUGGUUGGGAAUCAGUUAGAAAUAGGAAAUUGUCAACUUGUUAUGUGAACGCUUGCCUAACAGAUAAUUUCCAGGGAAAGCAUUGUUUUGGUAAGGCAGACCUGCAUGUACUGACCUAGAUGGUCCAUUGGUCAGACUCAUCAUAAAACAGCUUUCUAUGUAAGUCUUCAGAGCAGAGCUAACAAAGAGAAUCUGGCUACAAAAUAAGUAUCAAAUGUGACAAGGAACUUGCUUAAUCAUAAGGGGAAAGUGGAAGGCACCACCCCAAACUGUGGAAUGCCCUCCAGGAACCACUGGGGAACUAGUUUCCUGUAGCCUGAAUGUGAAAAAUGUUAAGCAUUCUGAAUGGAAAGCUGUAACAUUAACUUAUAAAUAAGGUGGAACCACACUCCUUGAAAGACAGCAGUCAGGAUCUAGAGAACAUUGAAAGUGGCUUUCUGCAUUCAAGGGGACUUUGGACAUUUGUUUCUCAAACUGCAGCCCUCCUUGUUGCACAUCAAGCUUUGUUCCUAAUAUUGAGGGUACUUGCAAAAGCAGCUUGUGAUACAGCAUGAUGGGAAUAAGCUGUUUGAAGAAAAACAAGGCCAAAAUCCCACUGGGCAUGUGCAAGCUCUUGGGCUUGCCAGAAGCAGCUUGUUGUGUCCCCGUAUAUUUUGUGCAGCCAUGACGAGAACUGUGCUCCAGUAGCUGUGGUAAAGCCAGCUAGUUUGCUAGUGAGGUGGCUCAGGCUUCAAAUGAUGUGAACUGGCUGUAGUCCAUGAACAAACAACAUCCAGAGGCCAAGUACUGGGUAGGGCUGGACAUGUUUUUACUGAAUGCAGAAUAGUGGCUUCAUAACAGAACACUGUUUUUCCAUACUUCGUGCUGAUCAGGGAGGAAAGGGGGGGGGGGAGAGCAGUGAUGUGGGGAAGGGAAGGGAAGGGAAGGGAACUCCAAACCAAAAGAAUUUCUGUGGCAUAAUGCGACUAGUAGCAAUUGCUGCUGGACGUUCUACAAGCUAUUUUUUCAGCUUCAUGGGCUAGCAGUGGCAUUUCAAGUGUAUGGGUGGAGGAAAGCAUGAAGGGCUCUUUUAAAGCAUCAUAUUUCUUUUCCUCUUCAACAGUUAGGUUGAAAUAGUUUUUUUUAAAUACUUGAAAUUAAAUGCAGUUGAAGAAAACAAAAAUGCACACCAAGUGAAAGCCAUUCUUUGAGAGAGAGACUGCUCAACUGGAAAACUCAUGGCAGUGUACAUAAUAAAAUGAUUAAUACAGUGGUACCUCAGGUUACAUACGCUUCAGGUUACAUACGCUUCAGGUUACACACUCCACUAACCCAGAAAUAGUGCUUCAGGUUAAGAACUUUGCUUCAGGAUAAGAACAGAAAUCGGGCUCUGGUGGUGCGGUGGCAGCAGGAGGCCCCAUUAGCUAAAGUGGUGCUUCAGGUUAAGAACAGUUUCAGGUUAAGAACAGACCUCCGGAACGAAUUAAGUACUUAACCUGAGGUACCACUGUACAUAAAAUCAUCAAAGCUGUUCACAAGUAUACAUAAAUUAACUAUCAACAAAAUAUGGAUAAAAUCAGAAAAUCUUUUAAAAACAAAUAUGGAUAACUAAUUAUAUGUCUGGGGAGGUUUCUGAAAUACAUAAGGAGGUUUUCAGCAGGGAUCUAAAACAAUAUAGUGAAGGUGCCUAUAUAGGAAGUGUCUGUAAAACAGACAUUAUUUUAGGUUUUGGGAGGAAGGAUACUGUACUUACUUGGAAGAAUGUUCUGGUAAAAUCUGUUUAGCAGUCUGUAUAAUUUUCAGUGUGCUGGGAGUGUAAGCUUUCAUGUUACAGGGAAAUUCUUGUCAGGCAUAAGUAUUCAAAGCAAGAAGAGUGGCUUAUAGCAUCUAGAUUUAAACAUUUUGAUACAUUUUGAAAGCUUAUGACAUUAGGUGGUCCAGGAAAAGACCACGUCAUUUACACUAUGGUUUUGGGGGAACCAGCAUGGACACAAAACUUUGGUCUCUAAGAAGUAGAUUGUUACAAAUCUAGUGUUAAGGAUAUGACAAUCUAAAUACUUUGUUUUAAAUAAUACCUUGGCAACAGAUUCAGUUCAAAGAAGCCAUAUCAAUGACCGACUGGCUAUGUUAUGCCCACACCUCUUAAUAUUUAUGCAGUUGUCCUCAUGUUGAUGGCUUUGGGGUUUGCUGUUCUGUAGUUGUGUGUGUGUGUGUGUGUGUGUGUGUGUGUGUGUGUGUCUUCAAGGGAUGAACAUACACAUGCAGUUCAGAACUGGUCUAACUUCUCCAAUAGGUUUUUAUAUGUACAGAUUGCCACAGAGAAGAAAGUGUGCUUCAGUAUUAAAGUUCUGUGUUUAGUAUUAUAAUAAAAUUGCCUAUCCUUCUAGUUACUAUUCUCCCACACAUUUGUAAUCUCUGUUAAGAGCUGGAAGGGAUAAUCUGUGAAAGGCCCCUUGCCCUCUUCUUCUUUCUGCACCACCCCUUCUAUCUUCCUUAGAGGAGGAACAGAGAUCUGAAUUUAUAAGCUAGCAUAGGGCCUCUGAAAUUAGGCCAAGGACUGCACGAAAUCAUAUUUAGGGUCACAUGCCCACCCCCAUCUAUAGGAGUGCUCUGAAAGUUGGCAAUAUGCUUCUUCCUUUUUGCAUAAGAUCAGCCCAAGGCAUGUGGCAAUAAGAAAACACAUCGUAUGCUGGAAGGCUAUAAUAGACAGUUAUGUGCAUCUUGUGUGUUACACAGGUCAGGUUAGAUAUUUAACUGAAAAAAGGUUGCUCACCUUUGCUGUUGAUGUCUACUCAGAUGUAAGCCCCACUGAGAUCUAUAGUACUUACUAUCGGGGGUGGUGAUGGUGAUUUUAUCCUGUAGUAGGGUUUUUUGUGUGUAAAUAACUUUAAUUUUAAAGAGAAAAUACAGUAUCAAAACACCAUGCUUUUUACAUGCACAAAAUAUUGUUUUGAAAAGAGUACAGAAUAAGAAAGAAAAUAAAACAAAGAAUUGUUAAAACAGAAAACCCAAAGGGUACUGAUAAAAGGCAUAUUAUGCAAUUCUUGCAGAGUAAAGCAUUCUACAUUACCUUUAUUUAUUGCUUGCUAUAAGGGGAGAGGAAAGUGGAGACAGUAUCCUGUAGGAUUUUAUAUUUAGUCAUUUCAGAAAGUAUACAUUGUAUUUUUAAGCAGCACAAGUUUACCAAUACUGUUAAGUGCAUAUAUACACAUAGAAUAGGGACGCGGGUGGCGCUGUGGGUUAAACCACAGAGCCUAGGACUUGCCGAUCAGAAGGUUGGCGGUUCGAAUCCCUGCGAUGGCGUGAGCUCCCAUUGCUCGGUCCCUGCUCCUGCCAACCUAGCAGUUCGAAAGGACGUCAAGGUGCAAAUAGAUAAAUAGGUACCGCUCCAGCAGGAAGGUAAACGGCAUUUCCAUGCGCUGCUCUGGUUCGCCAGAAGCGGCUUAGUCAUGCUGGCCACAUGACCUGGAAGCUGUACGCCGGCUCCCUCGGCCAAUAAAGCGAGAUGAGCGCCGCAACCCCAGAGUCGGUCACGACUGGACCUAAUGGUCAGGGGUCCCUUUACCUUUACUUUACACAUAGAAUAAAAGCAUACAUUAAAAUCAAUGAAGGUAUUUUGUUUUGCCUUGCCAUCCAAGCUGCUUUAGGGUCUGUUUAAAAAGUAAAUGAGCCUUUUCCCACCACUGCAUAUAUACGUGUAUCUUAAUGUAUUGGCACCCCCCCCCCCCCGUUUUAUUACACAAACACCUUAGAAAGUGACAAAGGAAACAGGAGAAUAGACUUUUAUCAAAAAGCUGAGGGGAGAAUAAAUGGCAGAGGUUCUGUGCUCUUUGGCUCACUCUGGCUUAAGUAGUUACAUUGAAAUUGUCAAUUGGAAAUGAAAUUGGCCACUGUUAAAUUUAUAGCAGUUUGAGAAACUCACGAGAGGCAUGACACUUGGUUAUUUAUCUUCUAACAUUUGUACUAUAUCUUCUAAGAAGCCCAUAUUUGAUGCUUUAGUCUGGCAACAACUCUGUGAAGGUAGACUGAUGCAAGGAGGCAAUGGUAACUUUCCCUUAAGUCCUCUCCAUUGAGCCUUAAAAGCUGAGCAGAUUCUCUGAAUUAGGUUACCCCGCAUCUCAGAACUUAGUGCUGUAAUCAUUGCACAAAUGUCUCCCUUAACUUGUGCUUGUGUAUUCUUGGAAUACAAAUAUUAAGUCAAUGAACAAGUGCACAUUGUUAAUCUGGAGAAAAUGUUUUGGCAGUUCAUGAAGAAAUGUCUUCCUCCUGUCCUAGAAUCACAAAGACAGAAGCCAUGAUAGCUAGAUUUGAGUAUACGGUCUGUGUUUUCAAAUGCAUUUUUUUCCUUUCUUUACUUGCAGGUGGUGUUGGUGCUUCCUUCCAGUGCCAGUUAAUCCAUCAAGACCACAUCUGUACUGAUGACAGUGACAAGGUAACUGAAUUAAAUGAGUUUCCUUCAGGUAUUAAAAGUGUCAAUUUUAUGCAAUUGAAAGUCUUGUUUAGCUGAAGUUUUAUAGCAAAACUGCUUAUUUGUCUCAAGAGGAUGUUGCUCUUUAUUAAAAAGGUGUACUUUUAUGUCAGUUGUUUUGAUUUUUCUAUUGACACCACCCCCAUGCGACGAUGGGUGAUAACUUGUACACAGAGAAUUUCUUUUCUUCCUCUCGCAAAGUACAGCUUCUCUCAUUUGGUUACUUUUGCCUUGCAAAGUAUGAAGGAGUGUUGUGUGUGGGAAUUUUCGGUUUCUGUUAUAAAUAUCCCUUUGAUUCAGAAAAGGUUUGGGUCUCCUUUCCUUCACUCCCAAAACUCACUUUGGGCCCACCUCAAACACUGAGAUCACAUGUUUAUGUGGUUGCAAUGCAGCGUCGUGGGUAAAAUGUGAUAAGUUGUUUGUGUAAGUUGCUUCCUAUUAUGUAGAUUUUAACUAUACUGAUGCUACUCUUCAAAUAUGGCAAAUGUGUGGUUAGCAUAAACUGUUGAUGCGGAGCUCUUUUCAGAUUAUAAAUUAAUGCACACUUCUCAGAUUAUAGGACUAAUUUCCUUGGCUUCCUGAGCUUCACAGAAAGGAGAAAACAACUACAAACUAUUGAAUAAGUCAGUCACAGGAGAAAAUUGUAUGCCUUUAUAAGCUCAUUGCAACUUGGAAGCAGUAGAGAGGAUAAACUGCAUAGGUGUCUCCCUUUCCACACCCCAUGCCCUGGACCUAGAAUGAGAAGGUUCUCUCACCAGCUCUUCUGGCUACUUCAGGCUAUGACAGAUGAAAUGGUCUUGUUUUUAGUCACCUUGGAUUAUAUGUACAGCAAAUUCUGAAGUUGAGAAGCUUCUCACUUAGAGCUGCAAAUAUUAUUCUGUGCGUCUCUUCCACUCAACCUUUCAAGGGAGAGGGGAAAUGUACUUGCUUCUGAGCUAAGGACUUUAAGAGGAUGUGGUAGCUACCUUCCCCCACUGCUUGCCAUUCAAGUUCUUCUGAUGGAUAGGGAAGGUGACAGUUCUCUCAGAUUGGAGCAGGGGUAGAGGUUCCAGAAGCUAUGAAAUCACUUUGGGGGGAAAUUGAGUACUGUGGGUCCAAGGAAUCUCAUGACAGAACUGAAAGAGGGUUCAGAUCUUAGCUUAGUGAUGAAUAGGGUGACUUUGCAGGGAGGGAUUGCUUUCUCUGCUUUAGUUGCCCAGUUGUAAAAUGAGGAAAAUAGUGCAUAAAGCUGGCUGUGGGGAGAGAGAGAUGCAUGGAAAGCACACCUGAAUAAUCACAUGCAAUAUAAGUACUUAAAAGAAAUUACUAUUUGAGAAGUGAUGCUUUUGAGUUUGUACUUUUUGUGCCUUGUUUUUAAAUAUGCUAAUAUGCAUUAUUUCACCUUUUCCUUUUUUAAAAUUUCAUCUUUGGUUUUAAGAGCAGUUGAAGUAGCAUUUGUCCUCCAUUAGCGAUGGUGGCAUUUUGUUGUCUUUAGGGAGGGUGCUCAAUAUAGUUGUUCUUACAUCACAUUUUGUGUGGAAACUGGCCACUGUUAGACUAGGUUUUAGAAAGAAGAAUGAAUAGAAGGUACAAGUCCUGGUCAUCUAUUUAUAAAUGCUUUUUCAUAUCAGUAUGGAAUUCAUUUGUUGUAAACCAGGGUCUAGAAUGUAAAACACAUGGCAAAAGAGUUUUGAAUAACAUCAGUCCUCAUAUUUCCACUUAAAUUGAUUGAUUUUUCUUUCACUUGGACACUGGUGGUGGUGGUGGUGUGUGUGUGUGUGUGUGUGCAUAGACAUUCACUGCUGAUUCCAUAGGAAAGAUAUGUGAUUGCACCCACCCAUGUGGUUUGGUCAUGAGAUAGUCACCUAGCUGCUAAUGGAUAAAUAGAUCUCUUAUUGUUAGGAAGACAUAUAGAUAUGAUCUGAGAACAGCAAAAAGUGAGUUAGGCUUUUAAUGUGUGGCCUUAAGAGAAUAUAUGUCUGAAGCAUCACUGACACUCCUCAGAAUCUUUUAAGAGUACCACUGAUUCUUCAAGACUUUGUGCAUGUUUUCUAGCUGAAAUCUGCUUGGGCUUUAGGAGCCAGUAUAUCUGAACUUGUCUGCUGUAGUAAAAAAAGAGGUUUGAAAAACUGCUGCUUUAAGUGCAUCAAGCAAAACAGGUGACAGAAAAACUUCACUUCUGAGUAUUGCCUUCAGUUUCUUAGUGUGAUCGUGACUUCACAUGUAACAUUUUGAAUGUGCUAUUUUAAGCGUUUUCCAGUUUGCAGCUCCCUUCUCACUUAUUUUGACUAACCUUUGUUUUAAAUCCAGUCAUUAGUUAUUUUCUAUUUGUGGCAUCAACAACACAAACUUUCCUGCAGAGUCUUUUCACUGAAAAUAGUGUCUAAAGCUGAAGUAUGCCCACCCCCACCCCGCAUCUUAUCACUGAUUCUCUUUGAUUUGUGCUUCACUUCCUGGAUUCUCCACAGGAAAGUGUGUUUCCUGUUAAAGAGCCGCUUACCUAUCAGUUUAUUUAAUUAGAAUUUACCAUAUUUCAACAUCUUGCAGCUCACUAGCAACAUCCCUUCAGUCGCCUUACCCAUGCGAAUUGUUAUGUACUGACAGGUAUUAUGCUAGAUAAACCAGAGUUGAUUAAAGGCAAUGGGUUUAGGGCUGCUCUGGAACACAGGGGGAAAAGAUGGUGAUGGUGAUUUUAGACUAGUGGAUUUAUAAAGUUAGGUGAAUUUAUCUGAAUAUAUUUCUAGAUUUGGAAAGCUCUGCAACAUAUUCUACAGAUCAUACAGAGGCAGAGCCUAGAAAGGCACAAAUAUAACUGCAUUUUAAAGGCAAUUCAAUAACAUUAGAAUCUGAUUUAUCCUGCUUUCUUCUUCCCAUUACUGUGCUAGAUAACUGCUCUGCAGAAUGUUCUUAUUCCUGUGAAGUAAAAAAACAACAACAUAAAAUAUUCCUUCUUUUUAGUUUCUCUUCAUUUUUUCCUUAUUUUGUGGUGUCUACCAACUUUGCCCUUUAAUAUUUUAAGUUCUGGUUUUUAUAGCCACCUCUUCAUCCCUAUCCUUUCUAUUUCCAUGACAACUCUGAAGACCUUCUAUUGUGGCACCUUGAUUUGAGCGUGCUCCAGUGAGUUUCAUUGUUGUACCUUACUCUAAUUCUGUAAUUUUCCCCAAAAGUUUUUACUUUUUAGUUGAUAUUUUAGAGCCUCUUAUUAGCAUGGAACUGAUUGAAGGAUUAUUAAUAUUGAUUUCUUGGUAAAAGGUGCCUAGUUUUAAUUAUGAUAUUACUUGGGACCUAUUUCUCUCAAGGAUAGUUUUGUGGCUCUGUUGUUACUUUAUCAAAGUCAACCAAACUAUCCAUUUUAAUUUGGAUUAGUGAUGCCCAGUGCUUCAAACAAGCUCUUAGAAGAUUUAUUGAACUAUAAGUUAAUAUAAGUAUUGUUUGGAACUUUUCUCUGAUAUUCAGGAGGAAAACAGCACUAUCUGGAAAUUGAAAUGUGUCACUGCCUAAAUAUUUUCCACACUUAAAAUACUUUACUUUGAUUCAGGAAGGAGCACAGUCAGUAUGAUUUAAGAAAUCCUAUAAUCUAGCUUCCAGUAGUGAUAGUUUUUUCUUUUCUUGCAUUCUUCUGAUGUAUGAUUCCUAAAACUACAGGAUGGGUUGAAGAAGAACUUUUCUAGAAUGGAUUUUGUGUUUUUGUUAAUGCUUCCAGCACUGUGUAUAUUCACUUGACUUAAGGGUUCUGACAUUUCAGCACAGUAUAGAACUGAACUAUUAUUGCUCCAUAAAAUAGCUUGGAACCUGUAAAUGAAAAUACUGUUGUGUGUAUCUUUUUAAAAUUAAAUGACAUUUCUGUGCCAGAGAGGCAGGUUUCAUUGCUUUCUAAAAGGCAAGGAAGUUGCAAAAAUGCUGUUUAGUAAUGUUCCCUGGAGGGAAGACCAGAUAGGAAAUAAUUUUAUAGGGCUAGUGAAACUGCAUUUUGUGUAUUUUUUUUACAUCAGGCAGAAGUAUAUUCAAAAUGUGAAGUAAGUGUAUAUCGCAUAUAAAAAAGAAAUGUUGUCAGUGGUUGCAUUAUUCUGCUGUAACACAUAUACACUAUAUUUUAUUUUAAAACAUUUCUCAGCUGCUGUUUUGAAGCUUAAGGUGGUUUACACAAUUAAAACAAAAAUGAAAAUACAGAAUAGACAGCAAUUGGGGGUGGGCAGGGGGUAGAGCAAGCCAAAAGCCAAACAGAAUAGAUAUGCUUUAACCCUUCCUAAAGGCUAAUGUGGAGUGGGAGCCACACCUCUUGGGAGAGAUCAUGCCCAUAGCAUUGGGGGAAACGUAUAUUGAUUGCUUCUAGCUGCAACAGUUUGCACUUCAUGUGCAGAAGGAAGACAAAGCAGGGACUGAAUAAGUGACUGAAGAUGGCAUGGAGAGCUAUCUAAACACAGAAUCCAGAUCAGACAAAAUCAGUGUGCCUUUAAUUCAUUUAGUUCACAAAAUGUUUUCCAGGAAACCCUGUGAUUCUUUAGAAACUCCUAAAUGAGAUCAGAAAUGAUGAGGUGACUUAGGAGAUCAUUUGCCUGCCCACCAUCAGUCUUCUUUGUGUGUGUGUUAUGCCAUGCACUCAGUUUAUCUUUGGUGAUGCUGAGGCCUGAAAGAUAUGUCAGCUGAGCAUGCAACCUAGAACAUGCCUUAGCAGGAAACUCAUUGUGUAGCAUGGACUCUGAAAGUAAAGCAUUCGAAAGUAAAGCGUUCAAAAACCACAGGCACAACUUUGCAGCUGAAAAAUUAUACAAAAAACUCCUCCUCAACAUUCUUCACUGUUCCCCGACCCCAGUGUAUAUUAUCAUCUUUUUAUGUUUUUCCUUUUCUCUCAAACUGCUUCUUGCUACAUUCCUUUUAGAGCUAGUUAUUAUUUUGGUCCUGUUAGACUGAAGUAGAAAGUGUGCUUUUAAAAAAGAAAGGCCUCCCUUUCUUUAGGCAGUGUUUUGUGACUGGCUACAUAAUUUGUUUGGGGCUGUUCUCUUGGAAGAAGGUAUUGCUUCGCUUUACCUCAGGAUAUGUACUCAGCAGAUGCAGAGAAGAGGAAAUGGCGACAAUAGUUAGUAUUGGCAUCUCUUACUUGCUUGCUAUCUAUGAAAUAUGAGAGAGAUUUUUUUUUUAAAGUUCAGGAGAAAAAUAAUGUUUUCAAAUUGUUUAUGAUUAUAUAGAGCAUUUCCUAAUUAAGUCUUUUUUCUGUCUGCUGCAUUUUCAUUACUGAAGUUAGCCAAAUUCAGCAAAACCCCAGCAAGAAAUAACCUUGAGGUGUACAUGUGUGGAAGAGUGAUAAGGUUUUUUUUUAUUUCUUUAUAAUGGUGUAGCAUCAGAAACAGGGCAAAUGUGAGUGUUUGAUGCUCCUCGUGUGAAUAUCAUAGGCACUGAUCAAUAGGUGCCUGUAAUACUAGUGCAAUAGUAGUAAAAUACCUUUGUCACAGAUUUGCACUUGAUAGGGCAAGUACAAAUUUACCAAUGAAACUGCUUGCUGACAUGACGUAAUGUGUGCCUGCCUAUCUGGUAAUCAUCCACAUCUGGAACAAUCAUAAAUUUUUUUUGAAUGAAUUAUGAAAAAUUCCCAGUGGAACACGCCCCCAUGCACUAGGUUGGUGUUUAAUCAAGGGGAGAACUUCCCUGGCUUUUUCACACCACUGCCACAGUGCAGCAAUGUCUGCUCUGAUCUUCUUGACUUCUGGUCUUUCCCAGUCUAUGCUAUACACUACAACUUAUUUCCACCUAAACUAAUAUAGCUGCUUGUGGUUCCCAUGGUGACUGGCAGUAGCAUUAGAUAAUGCCAUGUUCUGUUGCAGCUGCCAACAAAAGCCAGGCUCCUAUCCUGGUAUUUUUGGCUUGCUCUCUGCUCUAGUGCUGGCUGCUAUUAUGAGGUAUGCUUUGUGCCACAUGUUUCAGCAGUUACAUAAAACGUCCCAAUUUUUUUAGGCGUAUUAAAAUUGCUACUGUAAUUUUUGACUACUUGUGUACCAGGUUUUCUCUUGUGGAAUUACAGCAACAAUUUUGAUGUCCCUUUGACUUGAGUGAGUUGGUGGGCCAAAGAAGUAUUAGUGUGUUUGUACAUUUUCAAUGCACAAUCUUCUGUGGUUCAUGGCUGGUAGAAGAGGUGGCCUCUCUUUUGGCAGGGAGGUGUUUCUGGGCUCUGCUGCCAUGGAGGCUCUAUUGCCAUGGAGGCUUCAGCUUUGCCCAGGCAGGUGGAAGCCUACUGAUGGCAAUAGGAAGUGUGGGCAGGCAACCAAAAGCGUACCUAGACUCCUUUGCAUCCUUGGCACGGAGCUGUAUUGGCACCUCUGAAGCCAGGAGAGACCAUGGACAAGAAACUAAAAAAAAAGGUUGUUUUUUGUCUAUUGCACUCCACCAGUGACUUCCUCUGUGGGCAUUGGGGUUGGCUCCACUCUGCUCCACCUCCCUCUCCUCCUCCAUUGGUCUGUCUGCCUUCCUGCCUUCCUUUGGCGGCCCAUGCCAGCAGCCAGAUUCCUAUGCUGAGGUGCCUGGAGGAGCCUGUGUUCCUUGCUUGGCCACUCAGAGAAGCAGAGGAGUGGCCCCAGAACACAUAGAUGGGUGGAGUCCUAGCCACUCCGAGCCAGAGUAGAAAGGCACAAUUUAUGUGCCUGCCUGGGCCCUUAGUGGGGGCCAACCUAACCAAUCACUACGUAUGCUCCUGCCAAAGCCCCAUGGAUCCAUGAAGCUGGAAAAGAAAGAAAGAAAGAAAGAAAGAAAGAUCAGAGCAACCACCACCCACCAUUUUUUGCCCUCACUGGUGUGAGCCAGAAGGGCUUGGGAUGUUGUGGUGGAUCUGCUACUCUGCCUCUCCCCAGUCCCAAUUACGGUUGUUAUCAAAACAUAUAAUUUCAAAACUCUGUGGUCUUAGUUAAAGAUACAAUAUAUAUGAUUCUUGGUUUGUUUUUUGGAGUAAUGUUGAACAAAUCUGUUAUUUUGUAAUGUUUGGGUGUUCAGUCUUUUGACCUAUGGUAUAUCUAUAUACAUUUUCAUUCUAUUAAAAUCAAGUGAAACAUCCAAGUCAAAUUGGGCAACUUGCUUUAAAAAAAUCUAUCCCCUUUCAACUCCCCCAUUGUGUGGUGUUGUUUGCACUUCACUGCUUUCAAUCUGUCAUCAACCUUGUAUCCUCAUGAGUUUUGUAUUGGUGCCUCUCUUGGAGGGGGCAGCCACAGCCACCACUACUUAUUUGCAUAAAAUAAUGUCACUGUGAAAAUUGCUGAUUAAAAAUUGCUGAUUAAUUAGCCUUGAGGUUGAGCUUUAAAAAUGCAGCUGGGAAGCAAAUACAGCAGCCAAAGUACUUCGAAAAAUAGACAGGCAUACUAUUGUCAGCCAAAGUGAUUGGUUGAUCCUAGCUCAGUGGAAGAAAGUAUUGCAGGAAGGGAAGUGGAAAAGUAUAUUUCUCUUCUCUUCAGUCUGACUCCUUUCUUUUUAUAAGACCCUGCAUGAAAGUGGCCUCCCUAACUCUUCCCCCCCGGCUCACAUGGGACCAGCGCAGAUAGUUGGGCCUGGUGUAUUGUAUAUUUUGAUUUUAGCCGUCCUAGCUGGAGAGGGCGGGGUAUAAAUAAUUUUUAAAAAAAUUAUUCUCCUGUGAUUUUACUAGUACCCUCAUUUUUUGAGUCAAAUGUGGCUGUGUUGAAUUAUUAUUUUUUCAAUUGGCCAUUUAUAUGUAUAUUUAAUUUAAUACCACAAUGGUAAUGGCUCCCAGUUGGUUUGACAGCACUUAUAUCUUACACCAGGUCUUGGGCACCACUCAAGCUGAAAUCCAAGUUGUCGCCCCUCAGGUCGGUACCAGGACUGCUGUUCUAGGGCAUAGUCACUUAAGAUAUCUAGAAAUCUUUAUCUCUUAGUGUUGGAACUCAAAUGUUGCCAGUCCAUGUGAAGCUAGUUAAGGGCUCCCAUUACUACAACAUUUCCUCUUUUGGAUGCUUCAUUGAUUUCAGCUUUCAUCUCAAAAUCUCUGAGCAUUUUGAUCAGGAGGAUGAUAGCAUGUUCACAUUAAUAAUUUUUUGGGACCUGGUAUCACUACCCACAACGCCGGCUCCCUCGCCCUAUAGAGCAAGAUGAGGGCCGCAACCCCAGAGUCGUCCGCAACUGGACCUAACGGUCAGGGGUACCUUUAGCUUUUAUCACUACCCACAACAAUUUUAUGGAGGAAUCUUCCCCUUUUAGAAUUUCUGGCUUACUAGCCUUAGUGUCCUUUCUGACAUACAGAACAACAGCACCUCCAGUGAGUCCUUUCUGCAGAGUUCUCUCCAUUCUACCAGAUUUCUGUUAUGCCCAUUAUAUUAAUGUUGUCCUAUAAGACCAGAUACUCCCAUUUACCUAUCAUAGCUCUGUUGGUUCUUGGGUUCACAGAAGAAAGCCAGUCUAUGAUCAUGUAACACCACCCCUUUCCCCCCAUACCCUAUUUAUAAUAGGUUAGAACUCAUAAAAGAAUCAACAAUAGGAUCUAAUUUUAAAGAGUAAAAUACUUUUAAAUGUGACUGUUGUUUUUCCCCCCAAUCUAUGGUUCUUAGAGUGGUUAUUGUUUUGUAGAGUGAACUUUAAAACUUGGUGGAAUCGCUAUUGGCCGUACAGUAUUACCCUAGUGUCUUUCUGAUGCACUUACCCAACAAGGGAAAGUGUCUCUUUCAAAAUAACUUUUUGAAAGGGAAAAAAAUCGCUUUGAGAAUCUUUGCCUCUCAAAAUAUGGUGCUAGGCUUAGCAACAGUUGCUAAUCUAGGUCCACCCAAUGAGGAAAUAAAUUCUGAAAUUGGCCUGCCACAUCUUGAUAGUAAUUACUGUACUAUAAAAGCAGAUGGGUUUUUUUACCUUCCCAUUAAGACAGUUUGCCCUAUGUUUAUUUAAUUGGUUGCCUAAUCAGAUUGGUAGGAUGUUCUGGUGUUUUGAAGCGUGAGGCAGGUUUUGGGGGGCUAAACAGAGCUGGGGGUUUGCUCUCUUGAAUUCUGAAUUUAUCACUUUAAGCAGCUCUCAUUGUCGCACUGUCAAUGUCUCUCUUUCUCUUCCCCCCUCCUUUCAUGUUUACUGUAAAGACUGAGAAUUACUGUGUACUGCACUAUAGCCUUUUAAAAAUUCGGUUUUUGAGACUUAAGGCAGAGUUUAGUGCUCCCUCCGCUUAGAUUUCAACCCUUGCCUCUUAAGGCAAAAGGUUCAUGUUUCCAGUCAGCCGCCUCCUGCCUGCUCAGAAAACAGCCCACGAAGGAAGCAGAGCAGCCCUCGUUCGUCUUCCAGCAGCUGUUAACUCAAAGCUACAUUGCUGGCAAAUAGAAGGGGAAGAAAUGGAGGCAGUGAGAUAUUUUACUUUCUUGGGCUCCAUGAUCACUGCAGAUGGUGACAGCAGCCAUGAAAUUAAAAGACACCUGCUUCUUGGGAGAAAAGCAAUGACAAACUUAGACAGCAUCUUAAAAAGCAGAGCCAUCACCUUGGCAAAAAAGGGUCCGUAUAGUAAAAGCUAAGGUUUUCCCAGUAGUGAUGUAUGGAAGUGAGAGCUGGACCAUAAAGAAGGCUGAUUGCUGAAGAAUUGAUGCUUUUGAAUUCUGGUGCUGGAGGAGACUCUUGAGAGUCCCAUGGGCUGCAAGAAGAUCAAACCUAUCCAUUCUGAAGGAAAUUAGCCCUGAGUGCUCACUGGAAGGACAGAUCCUGAAGCUGAGGCUCCAAUACUUUGGCCACCUCAGGAGAAGACUCCCUGGAAAAGACCCUGAUGUUGGGAAAGAUGGAGGGCACAAGGAGAAGGGGACGACAAAGGACAAGAUGGCUGGAUAGUGUUCUCGAAGCUACCAGCAUGAGUUUGACCAAACUGUGGGAGGCAGUGGAAGACAGAAGUGCCUGGCGUGCUCUGGUCCAGGGGGUCACGAAGAGUGGGACACGACUAAACGACAACAACAACAUACUGCUGUCGACGUUGGAGGCUCCAUCUGGAAGAAGGGGAACUGCUGUACUCGCAGCCCAAGCAGAAAGUGGGCCUAGCAGGGAACUGGUGCGAGGAAGCGGCAGCUACAAAUUGAAACUAAAAAGCGGCCUUGGCUCCGCCUCCCUUAAAGGAAAGCUCCGAUACAGGAAGGGCUGUUCUGUAACCACGUGCGCAGGCGCCGCAAAAAACCCAACUUUUUUUUUUUUCUUUACAUACAGCGCGUGCGUGUCGUCGCUGCCUGCGUCAUCGCGUUGACGUAAAGCAGACCUACCCUGUGCGGUGGUCUCCGCGUAACUGAGCUAAAACAAAGGAAGACGCGGGCGGGCGGGGGGGAAAAGGAGGCGGAGCCCGAGGGCUCGCGGGCGGGCUGGGCAGCUUGGCAACCGCGAUUGGUAAGCCGGGAAGUCAGUUCAGGUGACGUCACUGUAUCCCUGCUGGCCGAAUGGUAGGUGGAGGGGUUCCAGAGGGAGGGGGCGGGGCUGGAGCAGCAUGGAGCGCGGCGGCGGAGGUGGCGGCGGCGGCGGCGGCAGGGGACGGCUCCGGGAGUGCUGGCGGCGGCGGCGCCCUCCCUGCUUGUGAUGGGCGGAUGGAGUCCCGCUGAUUAUCCCGGAAGCCAUUGCAGGGGGCGGAGGAGGAGGUGCUGGUGUGGAGGGGAGCCCGGGCCUGCUGCUGCUGCCAGCGGUGGCCGCCGCCGCCCCCAGACCGGAGGAGUUUUCCUGCUGGCUCCGCUCAGGUACCUGUGCCUGCGUGGGGAGAGCGAGAAAUCUGGGAUCGGUUUAUCUCUGUCCCCUCCCGCCCCCAGUUCGGCUCCAUGCCAUCAGGCUCUGCCCUUCCUGGCUUACAGGCUGAUCCGGGAAGGGAUGAUACGCUCUUUUCCGAAACGAUCCCGGCCGGGGGGGAGCUGUCUGCAAGACGCUGCUAACCUCUGAGGGGCUUUCCCGCCCGAUGCACGGGUGGGCGGCUGACACGUUUACUGAUAGGUAAAUUAGCAAAAGGAAGGAACAGCAAAAAUGGGACGCGCUGGAUCCAAAAUUGCACUAUGAAUAAAGGGCGGCAGGACCCACUGAAAGCAGUGGCCCCAAAUGGCUGUGGGGAGGGGUGUGUGCUUGCUUUGAUCCCCCCCCCCCCACUUUCCCGAGUGGAAAACGAGUCUUGCCCCUUGUGUCUCCUACCCAACUCUCAACAACCCUCCAUUGUGCAUUGUUAUGUGUUUGAAGAGGGCAUAUUGAUUUUUAAAUGAAACACCCUAACCAUUUGCCUUUGUUUUAAUUUAUAUAUUACUUAAAAUGUAAAUGAGCUGAGUGUUUUAUAGGGCAAUUUAAUCAGCGCACCCCCUUCCUUGCCCUAUGGAACUUGUCAUCUGCUCAAGCAGGGAAGGAGGAGGCAAGGAAAACUGCACUGUUGUGCUUACCUUUUAGUUGUCGGUGACUUCUGAGGGAGAAGUGAAUGGCUUCUAAGUGCUUAGAAGUUAACCCAGUCAUCUUUCUUUCUUUCUUUGGAACAGAUUUCCUAUAAAUUGACCAAAUAUAGAUAAUCGUGUUACUAAAAGAGUUUGUACAAAGGAGUAUGGCAAACUAAGCCACAGUGGCCACAUAUGGGGUAGUGUAGUAAAUCAUUAGAAUCAGUAUUUGCUAGUGCUGAAUGAUGCUUAUAAUAUAGCUGCAAAACAUUUUUCCUAGUAUUGUGUCACAAGAGAUUUUGUUAGUGCUGUAGGGAUAUCCUUUUAUAUAAAUGUUUAUUCUAAUUACUGUUAUAUCCUCCAUUCUUUACUCCACCUCCCCAAAGUUGUUGCUGGUAUUUUCAAGUGCUUUGAGAAUAAACAUGUAAAGAAUUAAGUGUGGUGAGAUGUUUUUUGUGAAGAAUUUGGGAUUAAUGCACCCUUCACAUUUGUUAACUUGUUCUACCUUUUUAGAAGCAGUUUUAGUCCAGGUACAAAAAGCAUUUAUAUGUUGUUCUUCUGAAAUAGGUGGAGUGGACAGAGAAAACAUUGGAAGGGAGAGGAAAAAGUGUUCAGUGAAGAAUGAAAAGAAAGGUUGGUGUGACAGCAGUGUAAGGAAUUGUAUGACAGUGUCUACAUGGAUUAUUGAAAAGCUAUACAAUUUCUUUAAUUGCAUACUUAGCAGUUUUCCUGAAGACACAUUGCAUACUUGUGCAAAAUUAGUCCACUUGUUUCCAUAGUUGUGCAUGAUUAGUGUAGAUAGUACUUGUAGGGCAGAUCUGGGGGUUUACAUUUUGGUAAACAGGAGUGUUUGCCAUUCUUUCAAGAAUGGUGUCAAUGUGAGUUGUGCAGUUUCUCUUACAUCGUAUGGUUAAUUUUCCCCCCCAAAAUUACCUUUGUCGGGAAAGAGGCGGGGGGACUAUGGCCCUGUUAAUUCUCCUUGAUAUCUCAGUUGCUUUCAAUACUUUUGAGCAUGGCAUUCUUCUGGAGUGGUUGUCCAAAUUAGGAGUGGGCAGCACCACUCUUUGUUGUUCCAUUUCUACUUGGAUGGUCAUUCUCCAAAAGUGGUACUUGGGGAAUAUUUUUUGGCCCCAUGGAGCCUUCAGUGUGGGGUUCUGCAGUGUUUGAUUUUACUCCUAUGCUGUUCAACAUCUACAUGAAACUGCUGAGCAAGGAACAUCUGGACUUUUGGGGGAGUGCAUUGUCAGCAAUGUGCUGGUGACACACAACUCUCCCUUUUCUUUUGCAUGCGCAGGUGUGGCAGUGGAUGUGCUAGGUUGAUACCUUGCCUCAGUAAAGGGCGGGAUGAGAGCCAAUAAUCUGAAGCUUAAUCCAGACACAAAUGAGGCACUGUUAGUGCAUGGUUCCCUAGAUUGGAUGGGUGGGGUGGGGCAUAAUCUGGAUGACAUUGCGUGCUCUUUGAAGGAGGAGCAGGUAUCUAGCUUGGAGGUACUUUUGGAUCAAUUACUGUCGCUUGAGACUGAAGUGCUUUCAGUGAUGUGGAAUGCCUUUCAUAAACUUGUUUGAUGGCCCAAGUGAACGCUCAUCUGGACAGGGACAGCCUAACUUCUGUUGUCUACACUCUGGUAACUUCAAGUUUAGACUAUUGCAGUGUGUUACAUAUAUACACUAAGUCUAUACACUUAUAUAUACUUUACCUUUUACCUAUACACUAGGUCACUCUUUGAAGUAUAUUGUGGGCCAUUGUGAGAAAAAUGGUUGCUUUUCUGUUCUGUAUGCAUUAUUUUGUUGUUUAAAAUGCAUACACUCAAGUUCUUGCACCUGGAAAGAAAUUCUAAAUGAGUGGAAAUAAAAGUGUACACUAAAUAUGUGUACAUAAAUAUAUAUUUGUGAGGAAGAGAGCUUAUUUGAGAGGCAUAAUAACUUUAGAUAUCCAGAACUCUCUUUAAAAGCUUAUGAACUGCUGAACCUAUAAAAAAGUAUUUGUUGUAUCCAAUGGUUCACUGUCCCUUCUGCGCUCUUCCCAUCCCAUCCCCCUCUGUCUGGAGCCUCAUGCAAGACAUACCUGUGCAAAUUUGACCAAUUCCUCCCCCUCCCCUUCAUGACUGAGGCCAUUCUGUUCAGAGGAGUCCUCAGAGAGGAGGGGAGAGAAAGAUUGGUUCUGUGAGGAGUCUUCCAUUCACACAAUUGUUUGAUACAACUCCAUGUAAUUAAGAACAUGUUGGGAUUUUAACUAAAACAUUUUUUUUCCUGUACUUGGGGAUGUAUAACCACCUCCAACAAAUAUUUUUGUUCAUUCAUUUUUGAACCACUACUACUUGUUUGGGGUAUCUUCAUUUGUGAAAAACUUAAUUCAAAACAACCUGGCACCCAUGUCAGAUCUGUGCAGUUCACAUAUAUCCUGAUAACUGCCUGUCCUAUAUACAUCUGGAGAUCAGGAAACUAGCUAUUUGAAGAGUUUGACUCCUAUUGUAUUUAUCCAAUAGUAUAACAGAAUAAGAGGCUGUAGUCAGUGAAGUCCUGUGAGUGUAAGAACACCUCUCUUUUCUUUGUGUGGCCUUGCACAUACCGUCAAAUCUGUUCUGGGGGUUCCCCAACCCUCCAGAGCAGGGAUGUUGUUUUAUGGAGGGCACACAAGGAGAUGGAGAGGAGGUACUGUUAUGCAGGUACUCUGCUGGAUGCAGUAUUAUAUUUUUCAGUCAAUUUGAGUUGUACAGAUUGACGAACUACAGUAAAUUAUUGGAGGGAUGUUUUCUUGCACUGUUCUUGCAUUUGAAAACAAAAACUGUAUCUCCUGUAAUGUUUUUAUUUUCUCACGCUUCCCAAUCACAACUGUUUCAUAAACAAGUAAAAUACGUUAGAUAUGCCAGAAUGAUAUAUAUCUGGAGACUGGUUGAGUAACACAUAACCUUUAAGCUAUGAAAGAACUCCUAGGUGGCCAACUUUAAUUGCAUUUAGACAAGCCCCAGCCAGAGGAAAACAUAAAAUUGAAUGUGUAAAUUAGAGUGAUCAUACCAUUCUGUUGCUGAAGCUUAAGACAUCUUGCCAGAGAGAUCUAACCAAUGAUCAAUACCAUAAUAUGUGAGCUUUUCUAGUGCCAUAUCUCCUGUAUUUCUAAGAUGAAAUCACUUUAGGGAAGAAACUGACUGGUGCCUAAUGUGUUUUGUAGCAGCCUUAAUCUGAUAUCUAAAGUUGACAGUCUAUUUAAAGUUUGAUUUAAAAAUAAAUAAAUAGAUAAAAAAUUAUUUAAAUUGCUAAGGAAAAUCAAUUUUCUAGUGAUGUGCCAUGUCCUGAACAAGGUUGCUAUAAGUACUGGUUUGCAGCUAAAUCGAGUUCCAAAAGCAACGUAGAAGUAUAAUCCAAAAUCUUUUGAACAUAUAGUCCAUGUACCUUUGAAGAGUUACCUUAUUUGAGACAUUUUGAAGUCAUACAAGGACACUGCACAAGAUGCCUUACUGUAAUAUUUCAAAUAGGAUUGCCACGUAAGGAGGAUCUAAGACAGCACGAGCAUCUGGACCAAAAAUAAUUCUUAAACAAAUGCUGCAGCUGCAUAUAUUGUCACAAGUAUUCUGGCUCUAAGGAUUGCUGUUGAUAAUAAAGUUGGAAGAAUGUCCUUGUGGCCCACUAAAUCGCAGCAUAUAACCAAGGUGGUUCUGUUUUAUGGUUUCCCCUCACAUAGGAAAUCUGAAUUAGACCAAUUGGGGGGCGGGAAUAGAUAUGGAACAAUUGCUUGUUUAUGUUACUGAUUUAAAAGUAUUUAAUGAUGAAAUGUUUGGGCUACAUGGGGCUGCCUUUUUAAAGGUAGUCUGGAAACCAAUUGGUUCCGUAGAGGUAUCAUUUCAUAUAUGCUGCUAUUUAUAUGGAUUCCAGAGAUUUAAGGAGAUUUUAAAAACCUUUUGCAAUAAAUUGAACAUGUAGAUUAAUACAGCAUAAUCUGCAUAAAAUUGUAACUUGUAUUGAUCUUUAUUCUUGCAAUCAGUAAUUUCUUGAUCAGAUCUAAUUUGGCUUCUAAGAAGUUCUGAUUUCUAGUGUAAAAGAGACAGCUUUUCUGAGUUUUAUGGUGGUAUUUUGAGUAAUCCCAGUUCCUAAAUAUGCAGAAUUUCUAGUUUAAUAUUUGGUGCACCUUCUUAGGUAACGUACUAGAGAAAAAGAAAUAGAAGGAAUUAUGUUUAAGGUUUUUCCAGUACCAGUAGUAAGGAGGUAAUACCUGGCACAGAAUGAAAAUAUGACAAUUUGGUGGCUGAAGAAAGAGUUGCUUUAUCUGCUGUCUUCCUGCUACUUUUUUCUCCUCCUUGUAUGUGUCUUGCAUGCACACACAUACUUUUUAUAAUAUUUUGGCAUAUGGUGGCUGUUUUUCAUAAAAUGAUAGAGGUGGGCCACAUUUUUAGAAGUCAGUAGUACAUAGGGAUAGAUGCUUCAAUGGGUAGCUGGGAGAAAGCUGAAGUUAGAAGACAGUGUGUGUGGUGUAGCAUUUAUGCCACAAAGCAUUGCAUAAUUGCCAUAUUUUUCUGUUCAUAAAGCAAGCAUUGCUUUUUUAAAUUAUUAUAAAGUCUCUAAAAUCUAUAGAAUCAAAAUAUUCACAAAUAAGAUGGAUUUCAUCAAGGGGUAGGGUGCCGCACAAGGGAAGCAAGAGUGCAUUUUUGCUCCGUCUUUUCUGGUGAUGCAAUUAUUUGUGUACUUAUAUUAAGUCUUCAUGGAGAAAGUUGUUGACCUAGAGCACUUACUGUGCCAUUACUAACUCAAUAUUAGUUUGAGUAAGCAUUGUGUUCACACCAGUGUUUGGAAAUGACUUGGGGGAGGAGGGUGGAUAGUGUGUGCAGUUCUGGUUGAAAAUAUUGCACUCUAAAGACUAAUUUCUUUUUGGCUUGACAGUAUUGAAAAUCUUUAAUAGGGGGCUGCAGCCAUAGAGGUAAGGCAUUGUUUGUGUCCUUGUACAGAGUAGGGAAGCACAACCAAGGGCAUAAGUAGGACUGGAUUGUUUGACUUUUAUAGUAUCUGCUGCACUAUCAGGCAGUUGGGUGACCCAAGAGGGGAGCUCCAGCCUGGAGAGUGAGAGAGACAACAGUGCAGCUAGCACCCAGCUGUUCUGGUGCACAGUGAUUUGUUCCCUUCAUAAAUAUCGUGUCUUUUAAAAGCUUUAGCUGUUUAAAUGCAUGAGUUUUAAUGUUGCAGGACGUGGGCUUGACUUGGGUUUUAUUAAUGUUUGAUGUUCGGAAUGCGUCAGAUUUUGUUUUGUAUCAAAGCAGAUUUUAAAUUGGGGGUGGGGAGCUUGGCUUAGAAACAAGUGAAAUUCUUGAAUUCCUUUCUGUUACUGCAAAUGAAGUGUUACCACUGAAUUGGAGACUUUGAUUUAGAAUUAAAGUGGUUGUAGUGUGCCCAUCAACCCCAAAAGCCAUCGACAUCCAGCACUUAAUACACAAUAGCAUGGAGUGUGUAGAUGCCCUAAAUCUGGUAAUUUGCAGUGAGUUUAUUGUAUAUAAUCAUAAAAGAAACUUUGGUAAAACUAAUCUUACUAUUUUUCAAUCUAGAUUUUUCCCAUGGUUGAAUUUAAGCUUUGUUGUUAAUAGUAUGAUAGGUUGUGAGGAACUGAUUAUUGGAAAUAUAUCAGUGCCUCCAGACAGAGCUAGUAUAAAUUAAAUGAUGAAGUGUCUCACUUCCGAUGGGAAUGGUUUGUGCACAUUCUCUGAUGAAUGCUAAGGGGUUUUUUUAAAUACAGAUUUUAAUUUGGAUAUAUCUUCUUACAAAGAAAUUCAUACAAAUGUGGUGAUAAUGUCAGUGCUUGUACAGUGAAUGUCUGGUGUUGCUGCAAUUUUAUGCAAACUUUCCUAGGAGAGAGCCAGUGUGGUGUAGUGGUUAAGAGCGGUAGACUCGUAAUCUGGUGAACCGGGUUCGCAUCUCCGUUUCUCCACAUGCAGCUGCUGGGUGACCUUGGGCUAGUCACACUUCUUUGAAGUCUCUCAGCCCCACUCACCUCACAGAGUGUUUGUUAUGGGGGAAGAAGGGAAAAGAGAUUGUUAGCCGCUUUGAGACUCCUUAGGGUAGUGAUAAAGCGGGAUAUCAAAUCCAAAUCCAAACUCUUCUUGGAGCAGGUCCCACUGAACUUAGGUAUAAUACAUAAUAUUGUGUUAUACAUGAGCUAUAAGCUUUACUAUUUCAUGGUCUUGUAGCUUUGAGAAAGUAACUUAGAUGAAAUUUGUUUUUAAAAUGAGGAACUUUGUGAUCAAGAUGACACGAGUCUUGGGCAAUCUGUGUGUUUCUUAGCCCUUCUGCCUUCACCAAACAUCUCUCCACUCUUGUGUCAAAAUCUCCUGUUGCUUGUUAGUCCCCAUUACCAUUUUUGCAGUCUUGUCAUCACUUUGAGGGUGGUCUCACAAAGCCAGUAUGUGAAAAAUGAGGGGGGAAAGUUGUGGACCCAAGUGCUGAUUUGCACGUAACAGGAUGCCAGCACUCUGCUUUCUUUCCUUCUGGCACAACAGAGGGGUUGGCAUUGAUUUGAGAAGUGUGCACCAGGAUACUUGUUCCCAGAAAGCCAAAGUUUAUUUAAUUGUAGCUUUCCGUUAAUUUGUGAACAGCUCAGUUUUGACACCUAGACAGUAUGAACCACAGAGCUGGAAAUUCUUGAGCAACCAGGAACUUGAAGUGGUAUCUGAGCUGUCCCAGUAGAGGAGUGUUUGCAAUAGCAUAUAUGAAACUUGAGCAUUUUCUCAUGCUUUGAUAAAGUAGACAAGUCAGUAGUCACCCAGCUUAUCAAAUUUGCAGUAUGAGCCUUGCCCACCCCUUUCAAUUGCAUUUCCCCACGUCUAGAUAGAUAGAUAGAUAGAUAGAUAGAUAGAGGAACAGUUACUGUAACUAUCCACAGGUCAGGAUGCAACCCAUUUGUGGGUCUCGGCCCCACUAGUAUUUAUUUAUUUGUUGCCCAGCCUUUACUGUAAGGUCCUAGGGUGAGUGACAGCAUCAAAACACAAUAUUAAAAACAGUUUACAACAAGUUACAAUCAUCAAAAUAAGGUGGGUCCUAAAAAUAUACACCCCAAGUUUCAAAAGCCAGGGUUAAAGAGGUGUGUCUUCAGCUGUCUGCAAAAGCUGUGUAAAGAAGGAGCCAGAUGGACCUCUGUGGGGAGUGAGUUCCACAGCUUGUUGGCCACCACAGAGAAUGCCCUCUCCCAGGCUGCCAGCCCCCAAGCCUCUGACGGAGGAGGAGGAGGUGGAACUACCGAGGGCUGCCUCUUCUAAUCUCAGCAACCAAGAGGGUCUGUAGGGGAGGGGUGGUCUUUCGGAUUUGGGGGCCUAGUUGAAUAUGAAUAAGGGCUGUAUUAAUGGCAUCCCACAUAGUCACACAAAGUCAUCAUUUACAGGUACAUAACUGUAUAUUAACCUAAAGGUGGGUAGUGUUCUGUUUCCAUAAUUUGUGUACUGUAUUUGUCUUUUAAGCUGCACUGACCUGAAACAUAAUAUCUUUCAGAUAAAUGAAAACUAAAUAUAUACAUCUUAGAUGCUGUAAAUACUAUAUGUAUUGGAAAGGUAACUGUAAAAAAGCUAUCAAAGCUAGCUCAGCAGACCAAAAUUUGGCUGCAGUGUAAAUCACAUACCUAGUGGGUGGUGAGUGCAUUUGUUGAGCUGCAACUCCAUCUGUCUGUAGCUCCUUUAAGAAUUCACAAACCUAGAGCCUAUUGACAUGAAAGUUGUGCUUAAGCAAGCAUAUUUCAAAAUGGGUAUACCAUAACCCUUAUUCCCUUAUAACAGUUCUCAGUUUGUACUCUGUUCUCUUCAUUUCCCCCAGACAUACGAGAAAAAGUUUAGAGAGAAUAUGAGCAAUAAACUACAAUAUUUCCGAAGUUGUGAAACAUCUAGACAUUUAAUCUCCGAUUUGUUCUUUGGAAAUGUGUAAUGCCUAGUUAAUUUUUUUUUUUUUCGGAAACGGUUGUUCUAAUAAAUGACGUUCUGAGUUACCCAUUACUGUUUGAUUUAUUUAUUUUGUUACUCCUUGCCCCGCAGAGUGAAGAUAGUCCAAGUCCCAAGAGACAGCGCCUUUCUCAUUCAGUCUUUGACUACACAGCAGCAUCACCAGCCCCAUCACCGCCAAUGCGACCAUGGGAGAUGACAUCAAAUAGGCAGCCUCCUUCAGCUCGACCAAGCCAACAUCACUUCUCAGGGGAACGAUGCAACACACCUGCACGCAACAGAAGGAGGCAAGUAUAAUAGAUGGACAAUGGCUGUUAAGUCAGCCUUCCUGACUGAGGAUUGGAGCUGCUUACAUAUCAAGCUCUUAAUUGAACAGCUGUUUUCUGAGCUAUCAAGUUUUAUUACUAUUAGAGUUAAUUAAAUAGUUAUUUAAGGAGGUAGUGGUGUGUCUACUCUCCAGGUGUACAUGUUUGUGGGUGAUAGUGUCCUGGAAGUCAUGAGAACUUCACCAAGAAUGUAGUGUUUUGUAUUGCGGACAAGCGAGUCUUAUCACCUUAUUGUACUGAUGCCUACUACUUAGUAAAUAGAAGCUUCUUCUUUUUGAUUUUUGACUGCCCGUGUUUAGUUAUAUCUAGUUAUAUCAAGGAAUGCAUUGUGUUUCCCACCCAUCCCUUGCCUUCACAAUAGAAAUGAGGAGCGUUAGGCUUAACAAUUGCACCAAAUCACCUAAGAAGCUUGACAGAGAUGCCAACUGCAAAAUAAACCUGAACAAAACUCCAAAGGAAUAUACCAUGUCCGGCUGCUCUUAGUAGUAUUAACUUAUUUUGUUGUGGUGUGAGUCAUGAACUUCAUGGAGCUAAAAUUGUACUGUUUCCAGGAGCAUACAAAUGAUUGUCUCCUAAUUUUUUCUUAAAAUGCAUUAUUAUUAUUAUUAUUAUUUAUUAUUUUGCUUAAUGACUGGAGGCAAAACUGAGGACAUCUUUACAGCAUUUGCUAUAAAGACUGAUGAAAAUGGAUCUUCUUCGUAGGGCUUCCAGUAAUGGGUGACCAGGGUUUUUUUCACCUGUGUAGAUUCCCUCCCUUCAUGUUUGUAUCUCAUCCUUUUUCCAAGGAGCUCAGUAUAGCAUACAUAUGAAUUAUUCAUUUAUUGCCACAACCCUUUGAUGUAGGUUUAGGCUGAGAAAUAGCAACUGGGCCAAGGUCAUUCCGUGAAUUCAUAGAUGAUCAAGGAAUUGAACCCGCAUCUCCAUGAUCAAAGCCCACCAUUUUAAGAAUGAUCCUGUGGUAGAAGCAGUUUUAGAUUGCCCCAGGCUGACUUUUCCUUGCACUGUAAUGGGCUUAAAAGAUUACAUGAAAUCUAUCCUUCGCUGAGCUCAUGUCAUGUCCUACAGCAUUGGUUAGGUUUCGUGAAACUGUUGUGUCUUUGAUGUGAAAGCCAGUCUUGGGCUGACCAAUAACUGGCUAUCACUGUGGUUUAUAAUAUAUUUAUAUGCUGGUUUUAGGAUGAAUCUCACAAAAUGGCUUACAUGAAAAUAAGCAUCAAUUGUUGCAUCAAUUGUUAAAUCAAUUGUUAUAAUAAAACAGGAAAGAAUAAUACUUUUUUGAAAGCUAGAUUUCUCCUCUGAAGAGAAGAUGGUCCUUAGGUAGUCCUGUCUUAAUAUUGGAGAAGGAAAGCUCACCGCAGCUGGAAUUGGGGAGCUAUGAGGAGAGGAAGAAAGCAGUGAGAGGAAGUCUCAAAAAGAAGACUUUUAAAAGUCAUGUGAAUGAACCCAGAGCUUUGGAACACUUCUUGCUUGCCAAUAAAUUCACCUUACCUACUACCAAGUUCUGCAAGAAUAUGCAUUAAGAUUGCAGUGUGGAAGAAAAACCACCACAUUUACAUGAUGGUCACAGAAAAGUUUGUCAGUUGGCAGCUGUCAUCACAGGGAGAGUUAGUUACAUAACUUCCAACUCAUGUGAUAAGUUCUGCUUGACCUUCAUUACUGUUAAUUCUGAAUUUCGGGGAGAAAGGGGCUAGGUGAUAGCUUUGGUAUUAUUAUUUGGUUGGAAACUACAGAUGACUGUAAUCCAUAUUUUCUUAUAGCUGCUAAGUUUUUUUAAGCAGCUGCUGUUUCCCUUCUGGUAUUCUGUUUACUUGAUAAGAAAAAUGAUGCUAAGUGUUUACAGAUCCAUCGGAUUUACAUAAAUUUGGGGAUGCAGAAAGAAAAGUACAAGUUUGAAGUUCAUAGUCCAUCCUUGAACAAAGGAGCUUCAGGGGGAUUAACACUACAUGUAUUAAUUGGCUUGCUAAUGCCAGGACUUUAGUGUCAUCAACUACUGUUUGUGUGAAUAGCCACUGUUAAUUAAAGCCAUUAUCACUUAUUUCUGCAUUUCAUAUCCUUCUGACCUCUGAUUAUAAUCCUUUCCCCUGCAUACAGUCAUAUGUGUGUAUGUACUAGCGACUCAGAUUAACACUUCAUGCAGCUGAUGGAAUAGUCGAAGAAAGCUUAGGCCAUAAUAAAUUUGUACGUCUUUAAGGGUCCACAAGAUUCUUUGUUUAAUCUAGAAGGGAAAGGUGUGUAAAAAAAUAUUUGUCCAAUUUGAUUAUUUGCAGCCCUCCCGUUAGACGCCAGAGAGCAAGAAGAGAUCGAUUAUCUCGACAUAAUUCCAUUAGUCAAGAUGAGAACUACCAUCUCCCCUACGGACAACAACAAGCAAUAGAAGAACCCCGAGCCUUCCACCCUCCGAAUGUAUCUCCCCGUAUGUUGCACCCAGCUGCUCAUCCACCACAGCAAAACGCAGUGAUGGUUGACAUUCAUGAACAGGUAUUUGAAAGGAUGGAGCAGUGUAUUCCUAACUCCUGGCAGAUAGGUUACACUUUGUGAUUUAAAAUUGGAGGUUACACUUCACUUGUGCGCCAAAAAUGUUUUUUAUUUUCAAAUGUAAAAAGAUGACACCCCUCACCUCACUGUUUUGGGUGUGCUGCCUCUGAGGCUGGAUAAUGGUUUUCUGUUCAGUGGCUCUCAAUGCAGACAGUCUAAUCACAGCUGCUGCAGAGACAUGGGGGGGGGGCGGUGUUGCUGUAAUAAAAGCCCUGCUGGAUCAGGCCAGAGGCCCAUCUAAUCCAGCAUUCUCACCAUGGCCAACCAGAUGCCUGUGGGAAGACCAUAAGCAGGACAUAACCCAGUAACACUCUCCCCCCUCAAGUCCGUAACAAUUGGUACCUAGAAGUAUACUGGAGCUAUCACAGCUAUCAUGACUUACAGUCAUUGAAAACCAUAGCCUUCAUGAAUUUGUCUAAUCUCUUUUUAAAUCCCUGUUUGGCUAAAGGCCACGCAUCAUCUUCACAUUAAGGGUAGUUGUCUCUUACACUUCACACUAUUCUGUUCCCAUUGUCCACAAGACAAAUGCAGUCAUGUGAUUGCAUGAAUUCAGAAUGGCAUGGAGAACAAUACAUUGGGCAUCCCUGCUUUACAGAAAGAAGGGUGCUGUGGGGCGGGGGGAGGCAAAAGAUGGUAACUCUUGCCAUUGUCAAUUGACUUUAUUCAAUUUUUAGUAGGUCAGUGGUGAUUUGCACAAUGGUGACUUGCACAAUUUCACUAUAGGUAGCCAGUUGACAGUAUUUGUGAACAGUGUCCUAACCUGGUUAUAGUGCAUUUGUGGAAAACUGGAACUGGGUCAUCUCGAAUGUUUUCUUAUAUUUUGUUUCUAAAUCCUGUCUUUGUUGUGUUUUGAAAUAUUUACUAAUAGUCUUUGUGCUGUGAAAGAAAAAAGGGAAAAGUUGAGCAUCCUUCUGAGGUUGGUAACUAAGCAGACCUGCUGAAAGCUCUUUGCAUUUUUCUUUGCAGAUCCACCAGGGCACAGUCCCUGUUUCAUACACGGUGACCACGGUGGCACCACAUGGGAUUCCACUUUGCACAGGUCAGCACAUACCAGCUUGCAACACACAGCAGGUCCCUGGGUGUUCCGUGGUUUUCAGUGGACAGCAUCUCCCUGUCUGCAGUGUGCCUCCCCCAGUAAGUAUCAUCUUGAUCUUAAUUUCGAAAGCAAAUGCUUCAAAUGACUUUGGAGGUUGCAGAAGACCAAAUGAAUUUACUUAGAGCUGAAUUUUCUCUAUAUUUACUUGGAAAUCGCGUAUUACUUAAGGUGGUUUGACUUCUGGUUAAGUGUAAAGACGAUUUUAGCCUUCAUAUAAGAAUACGUCAUCAAGAUUUUAUGUAUAUCCCACAAACUUUUAAUGAUUUUAUUGGUAGAAUUUUGUGGGGUGGAGGGGUUGGAAGAGUGUUAACCUUCUGUGCUCUGUAAUAUAACUAUAUAUUAAAUAUAAAUAUAAAUAUAACUGUAAUAUAACUAGCACACUGAAACUCUUGCAAAAAUCCUGGAUUCUAAAGCAUAAUCCCUUUCUAUGCAUUCAAAAAAAUCUGAACCAAAGUAAUCCAGAUUUAUGGUCCAAAGAGAGAUGGAGCCUCAUCCUCUGUGUUCAGAUUUCAACAACUUCUAUCUUACUUUGCAUAAUUUAAUUGUUUCUGCUAGGUGUGGAAAGGGUCCAUUUUUUCCAUGGGAACUCUAUUCGCUAUAAAUUGUGCUUUAUUCUUAAGAAUGUAAUGAGGAAUCAAAUACUAUGUGUUGCAUAACGUUUGUGAAUGUUUCUUUUCUUUUUCAGAUGCUUCAGGCAUGUUCUGUUCAACACUUACCAGUUCCAUAUGCGGCAUUCCCACCUCUCAUUUCCAGCGAUCCGUUUCUUUUGCAUCCUCCACACCUCUCCCCACAUCAUGCUCCACACCUGCCACCUCCAGGCCAGUUCGUUCCCUUUCAGACACAACAGUCACGGUCGGUAGGUAUCUCUUUAAAAAAAACACAACCCCUUACUUCCUCUAGUAGUUGGUUCUGGAACAGUGAAUUUAAGGUGGGAUGCGUUGGUUGGCUGCCUGGAAAAGGAGUCAGCCAAAAAUCAUGAAGACUUUUGCAAGUGAGAGCAAAGCUUCUAGUAUAGAGGUCUGUGAACUGCAAAAUCUGAUCUACAAUCUGAAAGCCGUAGCUGUUUUAAUUUCCAGUCUGCCAGAAAAGCAGAAGCAAAAUGGAAUCUGAGUGUUUUCCAGCGCUAGUUUCAGAGAAACUGAACUACAGAGAAAAAAGAUGGAGCUCUUACUAUUUUGAAUGGCCGUGUUCCUUUUUGAGCCUUAAGUGCAUCUAUAGAUUGAGAGCUUUUUUUGAAAGUUGGCAUUUCACAUUUGCAGUCCAUGGUGUGUGUUAAAUUUCUUUACAUCCCAUACUAUUAACCAUUGUUAUAUGGCACACAUAGUAUUUGAGAGGUUCAGAUGGGCUUUUUCAACUCACUUGUGGAAAAACGUGAUCUCCUGGUGCUUCCAAAAAGGUAUUCGAACUGAAACUCAAAGCAGAUCUGUAGGGGAUUCUAUAAUUGUGAGACAGAUGCUGAUAAUUUCUCUCAGAAGGAAAAGUGGGCUAUGUAGAAUGGAAUGAAUGAUGAUAUAGUCCUCUCUGUCCUUCAGCAGAACGAGUGCCUGUUCCUUAUCAUUUUAGUUUUUCAUAUCAUCCAGAAAUAGAAAAGUACAACUAAUUUGGUUGAGAAACUGCAAUGAGAGUUGAUGUAGGACAGGGUUUCACAAAAUGGGAUUGCCUGACCCCCUGCUUUCCCAGGGAAGGGGCAUUGCAUGUGCAUGAAAUUGGUGGGUCACCCUGUAACAUUAGAAAUCUGAUGAUAAGUAACCUGAUAGGCAACCAGAGCAGCUCUUGAGUGGACUGAAUAAGCAACAAGAUGUGGCCUCCUCAGCCCCCAGGUUUAGAAGUGGAGGCUAGCACACACUCGAAAAAAGACCCUGCUCUGAAAGCCUCAAGCUAAGGAUGAAAAAGGUCAUUUUUGCAUUCUAAGCAACCAGAGUGUCAUCACGUAUAGAUACAGAACAAGAACAAGAGAAUGUUCUCAGUUAUGUGGUAGCAGGAAAAAGUGGCACAAGAUCAUAACAUUUGUACUGAAAUAGGCAGCAAAUAUCUAAUUACAAUUUGAUAAAUACUCAGAACGGAGUUAUUAAGCAUGAGAAAUGAGAAUCUCUGGCAAAAUACACAGUGAAAACACACCAACUGAAUAAAAGUCAUCCUUCAGUGCAGUUUUUACUGUGUAAUAUUAACUAGAUAAACUUUGACAAAUAACUAUUUUUGGCAAGUAACUGUGGUAAAUUAUAUGUUUCACAAGUGUUCAUGCUUUUUUUUUUCCUCCCAUAGCCUCUUCAAAGGAUAGAGAACGAAGUAGAGUUGCUUGCAGACCAUCUUCCUGUAGGAGGUUUCACCUAUCCGCCUUCAACCCACCCACCAACAUUGCCUCCCUCAGCCCCACUACAGUUCUUAACGCAUGACCCUUUGCACCAAGAGGUGUCCUUUGGAAUAGUAAGUGAUGGCUUUCAGCAUUUUGCUGUGAUUUUCACUACGCAUUUAUUUCACAUUAUGAUUCUACUAGCAUGUUCUGAAUUGUUUCCCCGCCCCCUUUGAACAUGCACAUUUCCUUAUUUAUUUACAUUAACCUCAACAUGUGCAACUGUUGGAAACAGAAAAUGAAUGAGCCUUGGUUGGGUAGCGAUAUGCUCUCGUGGGUGGAAGGAAGGGAAGGUGAUCCAUGCCAAUUUCCUAUCUUCAAAGCAGCUACCUAUAUCCCCCCCCCCCAAAAAAAAUCAGCUCCAAUACAGCAUGGGAGGAAGCACUGGGGACUGCUGGGGUGCUGUGGAAAUCAGCAGAACUAGCCCCCCACCCCCCAGGAGUGUCCAAUUUGCAGAAGAGGAUUCUCUACUAGAUUUGACUUGGUUUGUAUUCCACAAGUGGAAAGAACCCUUCUUUUCAUAGAUCAGCAGGUUUGAAUCCAACUCUAGAAUUAGGACCAGUCUGUACAAGAGUUUUUCAUCAAAUUUUCAAUAAGCCAGAAAUGGAAUUGUUUGGUCAAGGGAAGAUUCACUGUGAUGAAAGCACUUCUGAAAUGUAAAAGUAUGACUUUUCCAGUGCCACCGUGGGCUGAUGGACUGCUGAAAUUUCCCCCCUGUUUGCAUUAGCCUUACCCGCCUUUCAUGCCUCGAAGACUCGCAGGACGCAGCAGAUAUCGAUCUCAGCAGCCAAUACCGCCACCUCCUUACCAUCCCAGCCUAUUGCCAUAUGUGCUGUAAGUCUCUUUGUCUUUGUAGCUGUCCUUGGUAGCUUGGCUUUAGGAUGGAUAACAUUGUUUUCUGAAAACAGCAGCCUAGAGUUGUCCCUGCAAAAGGGCACCCUCUGCUUCAGUACAAGAUGGGUUAAGGGAGACCUCAAAUAUUUUUAUUCAUAAUUAGUGUGGCUGCUUUAACAUGAUCCUAAGUGCUUCAAGUAAAGAGUGCAAUCAUAGAAUCAUAGAAUCAUAGAGUUGGAAGAGACCACAAGGGCCAUCGAGUCAAUCCUAUGAGAGGUUCUCCUACCCAUCCCCAUUAUGAUGAACUGUGGCCUUACAAGAGCAGCACUGUGUUUUCAUGCUGCUCACAUUCAUUGAAAUGAGACUUGGAGCCAAACCAUGUUUAAACAAGGCUUUUAAGUUCAGACCCAAGGCCAAACCAUGGUUGAAAAACACCAUGGUUUGUAAGACAACAAUAAACCAUGACUUCACAUCAUGCUUUGUUUCCAGAAAACAAAACAUGGUUAGUUUUCUGGGUUAGCCAAAGUGGACUUUGACUAAACAAACCAUGGCUUGGCAUUAUGUGUGAAUCAGGCCACUGUAUAAGCAUUAUGGUAUGUUAGGUUAUGUUAUGUUUUAGAGUAGCUUCAGUGCUUCUGUAAGUGAACUUGUGAUGGAGAAAUGUUUUUCCUUCUGCUGCCCAAUUCACAAUUACUUGAAGCCAGCCUGUGCCUUCUGAGGUGUAUUAGGUGCCUACAGGGGAAAGGGUCUUGAUGGUGGUGGCACCUUGACUGGCGAUGUUCUCCACAGGGAGACUUGCUAAACUCUUGUUGUGAUGUGAUUUUGACACUAGGCAGAGGCACGUAGAUUAUUGUAAUUUAACCUUUUCUAAGCCAACCUGGAACCCAUUUAAAGGGCAAAGCAUAAAUCAAAUAUCAAAAUGAAUAAUAAGCUAAGUUAAAAUACAUUUUAAAAAACAGCUGUCCAGCUUGCCUCUCUGGAAGCAUGGGCAUGUGUAAUCCAAUGUGUAAAAUGGUAAGAGAGUCAGCUUUAUACAGAUUAGUAAAUAGCAUGACCUAGUACUGAAUUGGAAUCAAAUUUGAAUUUAAAUUCUUGACCAGUUUUGAAAGCCUCUAGGGACAGACCCAAAAUUAGCUGCUCUUUCUCUGUAUGUGUAUGUGCACAAGUAGUAAAUCUUGAUGCUAACUUCCUUCUUUUCUGCAGAUCAAUGCUUCCAGUGCCACCUGCAGUUGGCCCAGCCUUCAGUUUUGAGCUGGAUGUAGAAGACGGCGAGGUGGAAAACUAUGAGGUUGGUUACAGAUUCCGCAUUUAUGCAAAUCACGAGGCUUUGAGUACAUUCCUUAAAUUGGUUCCUAAAUAUGUUGCUUAUUAAACCAGCAAAUUGCAUUUUGCUUGAACGACACCAAAAAAAUGCAGUAGCUGCUACCAAAUCUAUGUUUUGUGAGGACAUAUACUUACGCUGAACAAUUUCUAGUUUUCUUCCUUCCAUGCAAGUGCUACACAGUGCUGCAUGUUGGGCCUCUUGAUUGGGCCUGUAUGUAGCCCCAGACAAUUCAAACGCUAAACCAAGAGCAGUUGCCUUAUGAUGCAAGUUUGCAAGAUUUCCCAGUUUUACACUACUGGUUUUGCUUAUCGUCCCCAAUGAUAAUGUGUUAUGAAGAGUGCUUGAGUAAAGUGGGUGAGUUUUUAAAAGGUGACCUGAAAAGGGCGUCUUUCUUUCAUAGGCACUGCUGAACUUGGCCGAAAGACUGGGAGAGGCCAAACCGAGAGGACUGACGAAAGCAGAUAUUGAACAACUUCCAUCUUACAGAUUCAACCCAAAUAACCAUCAGUCAGAACAGACUCUGUAAGUUCUUUUGCUCGUCGCCGACGCCUUGGUAUGAAGUUGUUUAACCCUAGUUGACUGAAAUCCAGCACAGCAAAUAACUGUAGCAUAACUAAUAAAUGCAUUCACUUGUCUUCCUUUUUAAUAGUACUUUCCAGCUUCAAAGUUAUUUAACUGGUAGAGUAAGGGAUUUUAUUUUUUUUAAAAAGACCAACAACUUCCAUUUAUUGGUGAGCCUUAUUAACAGUUGGGUUAGAAUAUUAAAUACAGAUUUCCCCAUUUUUUAAUACUUUGAUUUAGACGAAUAUUGCUCACAGUCCAGUGAGCUGCACAGCUAAUGAUGAGUUUGCUCCUCCAUCUAAUAUUACUGGAGUCACAUAAGAAUGGCAGGGAUGGUGUGCAGCUCCACAUGCCAAAAGCUCCCAGCUCCACAUGCCAAAUGGCUAUCUGCUUUUAUAAUAGGAAAGUUAUAAAAUCAGAUUGCAUUGGGGCAUGAUGGAAUGUCGCUUUUUGAAGAGAAAAAUGAAAUGCCAUAAUAGGCACACAGAAACUAAACUGAAACUGACAUGGGGACAAACAGAAGAAGACACCUUUACCCCGGUAUGGCUCCCCUUUAUCACAUACACAGCCCAACAAGACAAUGACAAUAAUCCACCAACAGCAUACAAAUCAAUAUGGCUAACCUGAUCCAAAACACCCACCCCCCCCACUCACACACAAAAACGAAGAUCACCACAGCCAAUCACAAACAAACAACCACACCCUAGGCCAACCCCAACCUCUCGCCACCAAAGGAACACAAGUGAACAGCAGACAACCGGCACGAAGAACGCAGACACCAAACCCUACAUAUAUUAAGCAAAAUAGAAACAUCACCACCCGACCCCCCCAUCUUCCCCCCUCCUUCCGCUCCCCCCCCAAUGUCUCAACAAAUGAAACUGAUUUGUAAAAAUGUUACACAGAAAAAAUACGAGAGACAUUACACAUACUUCUGUAAAACAAGAAAAUCUUUAAUAUAAAAAAAAUAGGCACACAGAAACAAGACACUUGUAUGAAUUGUGGUCACUAUUCACAUGAAACUGAGCCUUUUACAAUUCCUGUUAUGACGUUUCUUUCAAAGUAUUUAAUACAGAAAUCUGCCAUUUUAAUAAUAAUAAUAAAAGGUCAUACAAUUCUCACUGAGACAUGAAGCUUCCUUAAGAAGAAAUAAAAAUAGGGUUUUUUGACGGGGGCAGGAAUGUCUUCUAAACAAUCUCCCAGUAGUCCUGCUAGAUUUUGGAUGUGAAAAGUAACUACCAAGUGUUUGCAUUAAUGUGAAAAUUGAAUUGGGGAGUUGGCAUUUGCUACACAACAAUGAGCCCUAAGCCCUCUUCAGGCUUUCCAAGAACAGCUUUUAAGUUGCUCAUUUCUAAAAUAAUAUUAGAAUCUGAUAUUGGCCUAGAAACAGCAUUUUCCUUAGUAGCCGCAGGAUCCCUCCACCCUCCAGUCCUGAAGUCAGACUCUUUUGGCUGCCAGAUAGGAUUGUCUGCCAGCUUUCUCUGCAAAACACAUUUGUUUUAAUUUCUGCAGUGCAAUCUCAAGUAGUUUGCAAAUGGCACUCCUGGGAGAAGCAAAGAAAACUGUCUUGCGGAUAUAGUUGGUGCUGGUGCUCAAAGUAUGAGUUGUGAGCUGGGGAGUCCAUGGUACAAAUUUUCACCCCAGGUGCAGAAUCAUUAGGUAGCCUCCACUGACACCUUUUUCUUCCAUCCUUGGCUCUUCACUUUUAUUACAGGGUGGUGGUAAGGAUUACUGUCGCAAUAUAUGUGUGGUGCUUUGAACACUGAGAGCACUAUAUAGAUAUGCGCUGUUAAUAGAUAAAAUCUUUUGCUCUGGAUUGAUAGUUAUUUGUUUUCUUAAUCUUGCACUGUGCAGUCAGUUAAAUAGCUAUGAUGCAUUGGGCAAGAAAUAUAGGACCUAACAAAUUGUAUGUUAUAUUCUAUUACAUAUUUAUAAAUUAAACACACACACACACACACACACGCACACACACACACACACACACACACACACACACACACACAAUCUCAGUGGCAAACCCAGCACCUCUAUAUCAGCAGUUAAACCUCAAUGAAUUGUACUGCAGUCACUUUAUAUUUAAAAAGUCUUUAUUUUAAAAAGCAAGGAAAUGCCUACGUUUUCAGAUAAAUAAAACCAAACUGUUGUUGCUUUUUCUAAAUAAAGUAUUCUGCAAUUUUCUCUUCUAGGUGUGUAGUGUGCAUGUGUGACUUUGAAUCAAGGCAACUACUUAGAGUUUUACCGUGUAACCAUGAGUUCCAUGCCAAGUGUGUCGAUAAAUGGCUUAAGGUAAUAAUAAUAAUAAAUAAUAAUACAUAGUUUUAGAAAUGAGGUGCAGUAGUCUAGAUUUGUACUGCAUGCCAUCACUUUUGCCCCAAUAUCUGUCGGUAUACCACCGUUAAAAAACAAGAACUUGUUAACUGUCCAUCAUGUGACUUAUAUUUAUUUAAGAUGAAGCUUUUUUUGUCCAAAAUGUGUCUUUUCAAGAAUGACAUUGAAUGUGAAAUAUAACCUAAUUUGUUUUAAGGUUGAGAAGGAACCAGAAGCAGCAAAAGCAGUAUGAUGACAGACAGUGUACACAUGAUGCAAAAUAUGGAAGUAUAAUUGAAGUAGGAAAUUAAUUAUGACUUUCAGAAAAUGUACUGAAUUUCCAUUGUGUCACUGCAGUGGUAAAUCCUAAAACAUCAUGAUUGCAGAAUAUAUGACUAUUUGUACAGUGAGGUCUAUUGACUUUGAGUUUGCCUUGAUUGUCCAUAAAUCAUAAGGUUGUGGCAAAUUUGAGGAUUUUCUGCAGCUCUUAAUUACAACCACUAGAUGCCGUCAUUUCCUUCUGCAUAGCAUAGAAAAGAGCUCCAAGUAGCAGAGAACUGUAAUUAUAAUGACUAGCAGUUUUUGAAUGGUGUUCAUGGCAACAUUAUAUGUUUUCUUAAAUUCAAUUGUGCAAGGAAGGAAGGGGGUCUGAUUUUUUGUUGUUGCUGUUUCCCCCUUCCGGUUGCAGCCCCUCAAACCAUGUUACAUGAUGUGCUUGAAGGUCUCUCAACACUCAGAACCAUGUUUUCUUCCGGGGGGCUGGGGCAGGAGCAACAAGAAUGAAGCCCUGCUCCAUGAGCAGAACUUUGCUCAUGAAAUAAAGGAUCCAAACCACCAUUUCUGAAGAGUUCAGAAAUGAAAGUACAUAUCUAUGAACUUCAGAAAAGGUUGCAGGAGUUAUAAUCAUUAUGGUGCAUGGCUUUUGCAUACUUAAAAAAUCCACUUAACCACCUCAGGGAGAACACACAAACUAGUAUCUCACCUGCUAAAGUCACCACCAGAUGAUCUUUACCACAUCAUUAAACAACGAGAGCAUCACACUUCCACUUUAGUAUUGAAUGCAGGGCAUGAUUAAAAUGCGACAGUUCAAUGCUCUUAAUUUCAGAAGCUAGAGGAGUGUAUGCACAAGAGGCUCAUAGAUUACUGGUAGAACUUGAAGUGCGUUUAGCAGUAAAUAGUAACUCCCCUGUCCUGGGACACUUUAUUUGAACCCUUUGGUGCUAUUUGAAAAAUAGCCCAGUACAGUUUUCUUGGUUUUAAAGUUUGAAAAUGUAUAUGUGUGGAUUAUAGAUCUGUGUGUGUGGCAGGCAGCUGAGCACGAACUGACUUAGCUGAGAAGCAUUCUAUUAGAGUUGCCACUUGAAGUCUGCACAUUAAUCAUGUGAAGGAGACGUGAGCGGCUGAUGAAAGUUCUGACUGCCCUCAUCAGGCUGCCCUUACUGAUUCACACAUGCUAGCCAUGAUGCCUAUGUUCUGCUCCACUGUGGGGGAAGUAUCUGUCUGAAUAUUAGUAGCUGGGAAUCACAGCUGAGGAGAGUGCUGUUGCGCUCAGUUCCUGGUUGUGGGAUUCCCAUGGACAUCUGAUUGGCCACCGGGGUGCUGCACUAGAUGGGACUUCAGCCUUAUCCGGCAGGAGUCUUGCGUUCGUCACUUCCUGUUUUUGGAGCAUUCUGGUCUUCCCAUGGUGGCUAGAGGAGAAGCGCUUGGUUCAGCGUUUGUGAUGCCUCUGCUGAUGGAGACACUGGUAGCAAAGACUGUGGCACUGGACAGAACGGUUUAAACCCCAGAGUGGCUGGGGCAACCCAGGCAGAUGGGCCGGGUACAAGUAAUUAAUAAUAAUCAUAAUAAAUUAGCCAGCCAUUUUAAAUUAUUGGAAGUCAGAUGCUUGAUCUCUUUGGACAUGUAUUUACAUGAGAAUAAGAUAAAGCUAAAGUCAGUUGAUUUCACUGAAAUCUGAGUUUUGAUGCGAUUCUCUUUCCUCUUAAUUAUCUUGCUAUGGAUGUAUGGUUCAAUGUAGUGAUUUUUAUUCUGUUUUAUUUUAUUUUUGCAACUCAGUACAUUUUCUUUAACAGUCUUUUGUGUGACAUGAUGUGCAAUGCAUUAAUGCCUGUUUUUAUUCCCCAGGCAAAUCGUACUUGCCCCAUCUGCAGAGCUGAUGCUUCGGAAGUGCAUCGUGACUCAGAAUGACCAGUCUAAGAGCACAAUUCUACUUUGGGUGUUCCUAGUCACAUGUGUAUAUAUAUAUAUGAACUCUCCAUUGAACUUAACCCGUGUGGCUUCCAGCCUUCCCUUUACACAAAAGGGUCAAUGGACCUUUCUUUGCACUGUGUGAUUUAAUCAACUAUAAAGCUUAUAAUUAGUCUUCACAAUUAUGGGAUUGUUAUACUAACUGUGUGAUUGGAACUCCAAAGACUUUUUUUUCUUUUAGCUUAAUUUCGUGUGUGCACUAACAUUCCCUGGUUUUUGUGUGAUCAUUCCGAGUGUUGCUGCGAGAUUACAGUGGAACGUGAUCUUCUAGCAUGUGCUUUUAUAUUAAAAAAAGAAGAAGUGGUAGCUCCAAACAAUAUAGCAAUCUACCUUAUAUAGAGCCUUCAGAUACUGUGAGUGGGAAUAAACCGUGCGGGUGGGUGCGUUGAUCGCAGGGUGUUUGUGUGUGUGUGGGCGAGCAAGUGUUUGGGCGGUAGUGUGUGAGAGGACUUAUAUACCAGCAUGUACUGAGGAUGUAUGUGUGUAGUAUUAAUUAUGCUGCAAUGUAUAAUCUUGUGUGUUAUUUAAACAGUACUAGUACUGUACACUGGUUUCUUUCCUUGCGUUUGCAGUUGCACACUGAAUGCUAUAAGGGUGCAGCAGUUAUAGACAUUUGAUAUUUCAUCCCCGCCCCCUCCAAUUGUAUUUAAUAGUACAAAAAGGCCUUUUUGCUUUUAUUCAGACAACAAUUAUGCUUCCCUUUAAUUGGAGAUCCUAUGUCUGUCAUUAUACAGCAUAUUGCUUCCUCAGUUACUACAAAUAACAAAUGAGCCUUUUCUCUUUUUUAAGGCUGUGAGAAUUUUCCAGGUUUUUUGAGAUUUGCAGCUCAUUGCUAAAUUUAUAAUGCGUUGCAGCAUUGCACAGCCAGGUAGCAAUAGUAAAAAUUUCUCAACUGGUGAUUGAAAUUUGAUGCUGUCCUCUCUUAACUUUCUAAAAACUCUUCCAAGCCAACAUUGGUUCUUUUUCUGUUCACUUUCAAAACUGGAUUAUUAUUAUUAUUAUUUGAGAUACUGAAGAUAUCGUUUCGUUUGUUUUCCAGUUUUGUCCAUAGAUACAGAAAUGGAGAGGAUGUUGGAAUCUGUGCAAAUGCUUCUUGUAUUGUUGGCAAUAUACUUGCUUAAAUCCCACUUUAGCUUACAAACACUGGCACUAAGUCACAUUCCUUGCCAUACGCAAGCAAACAUGUACAAUUAAAGUAACUUUAAAGGUAUCCAUCUCUCUCUUUUCCUUUUUAAAAGCCUCAGUCUCAUGAACAAAAUGAAAUCCUUAGCACUUUCUUCAAGACAGAGUACAGUCGUACCUUGGAUCUCGAACGCCUUGCGACUCAAACGUUUUGGCUCCCGGAUGCCGCAAACCCAGAAAUGAAUGUGAACAUUUUUUGGAAGCCGAACAUCCGACGCAGCUUCCGCGACUUCCAAUUGGUUGCAGGAAGCUCCUGCAGCCAAUCGGAAGCCGCGCCUUGGUUGUCGAAUGUUUUCAGAAGUCAAACGGAUUUCCAGAACGGAUUCUGUUCGACAACCAAGGUACGACUGUAUAUGAUUUUAACCACCCUAGCCAUGGUACCGUGUUAAUAUUUUACUGCCUGGCAAAAAUGUCACAGGAUACAGUUUAUUGCUUGCUAAAUUUACUUGGUGGCAGGCUUUUGCGUGGCGUUGAGACAUCCUCAGUGUCCUAUUAGUAUGAGGAAUAUUCAUGUUCAAGAAUGGGCUGAUACACAAAAUCAAGGAAACAAACAAACAAAAUGCUGUGAAUUUGGAGUUGACCUCCUCAACUGCCUUCUGAAUAAUUUUGUAUUGGGGGAAAAUUGGCUUUGCUUCACAUUUCAGACUUGGCAUUUUUACACUUUCUUUUUCAAUACACAACAUGGCUACCGUAGUUCUCCCAAGAGCUGCACAUUUCUUUGUGGAUCCUUUGCGUUUCUCUUGCAUUCUGUGCGCCAUAGUUUGUGGUCGCAACAGCACAAGCGCCACAGCUAGCAAUAUUGCUGCAACCUGCUGCCAGUUGGCUUUAAGUUUGUGCCCUUUUUGAUGCUUUUUUCUUUAUUCUUUUUGGUAUGCUGCUAUGUGUUAAGUCUGUUUAUUCGUCCAGGAAUGGUGUUGGUUGUAAAUCACCCUUCUUUCCGAAGGCUCUGCUGACCAAUCGCAGUUUGUGGUUUUGCAAAACUAAAAGCACAAUCCCCCUCCACUUUGUUUCAGAUACUCUUUGCCUCGGUUUAGUAGCUAGGCACCUUAGUCUAUCCAUAGUGUCAAGAAAUCAAUGUUAACGAAGCAAAUGGAACAGUUUGACAUACUGUGUAUGACAGCUUUACAAUUCUUAGUUCCCCCCUCAGUGUGUGCUAUAAGGAAUCGCCGGAACAUGUCAAAAAGGUUAAAUUGCACAUAGUAAACUUUAUUUUUUUAAGCAAACAAAAUCAUGGGUUGGGAGGUUGGGGAGAAGCAUUGCCACACAUGUUUUACAAUACUUUUGGGUCUUUUUUUAUAUUGCUGGACAAAAGAUUUUUACAAAUCGAAUCGUAACACUACCCCACUCUGUGUCCACUGUCAAAGCAUAGAAAUAAGGCACUUUCUCUGUAACAGACUAACAAGGCACAUAAACACUAAUUCUGAGAAGGGGGGACUUGGGCACUGAAUCUGGAUCCAUAUUCCAGUGGGGCAUCUUGUCCCUCGAUUCCCAGUUUCAUUUGAGCGAGGCUGUUGGCGGAGGGAUAGGACUGCAGUAGGGACUACUCUUGUAGUAUACUGAACUUAAUGAUUGCACUCCUGUGGCUGAUCUCUUCUUUGAACGACUUGUUUGCGUGGGACUCUUGCAGAUGUGUGCAGAUAUGCUUCCUGUGGUUAAGUGUCUGUAAGACACACAUGUGCAUGUGUUCUCAACCAGCUCUGGUCGGCUGCAGGGGAGUUCUUAACCCAUUGCUCCUGGGAGAAGAGGAUUCAUGCUCAGCCGUUAACUGCCAUGCAUAACGCACCAUUUGUGUGUGUCUAAUUCCACAGCCCUCAGUGGUGCCUAAGAGCACCGAAUUGUUUUGGGUAGCCUUUGUCCCCUUAUCCCUACCUCUCCCACUAAAGGAAGAAAAGAAAAGUUGGCUUUAUCAUGUUGGCACUGCUGGGGUUUUAUUUGCAUGAAUUGUCAACUUAAUUUGACCUUCUGUCUUUUUUAAAACAAUAAAAAAAAAAUGGGUAUAAAGGCCUUAUGGAUCUCUCUAAGGUCUCACUUUGUGGCUUUCUUUACAGAUUUAUUUUGUGUAAAGUAAUUUCUUUUGUAUAGAGUUUUGUACAGUCUCCAGAAUGUGAUAUUUGUCGCCGCUGUUAACAUUUACACCUCUUGUAAUAUUUGGGAUUUACCAACUCCUUUUAUUUUGCUUUCCAAAAAACACCUUGCAAUCUUGGUUACUAUUAAAUGGCCUAAGAGAGCUGUGGAUCUCUCUCACCUUCUCUCCCUUCUUUGGUACCUUCAGUUACCUCAUUUUGCUAUUUUGUGUUGCAAACCUGCUAAUGAUUAUGAAAGCUUAUGGGUUUUGUUAGAAUCAUAUUUGUCAAGUGUUUUCUUCAAAAAAAUCAUACUCCAUUGUAUCAUUUAACAUGUAGUUUUAAAUGUAUUAUAAAUAUCUGUAACCAAAUCAUUUGAAGGCUUGAUAAAUUUUUAACAAAAUUUGUACAUUUUUUAUGAGAGUUACUAGUAAUGCUUUACUAAGUAGUGCAAUGAAUUUUUAUUUUUAAUCCCUGUGCCCAAUUUUGGAGUUGAGAGGGUUGUUCAGUAAUAAAUGUAUGAUGUACACUUAUACAACUUUGUGUUGCUUCUUCUCACACUCAAGUACAGUGUUGGAUCUCUGUAGCUAUUGGUCAUGAUUUAAGCACAGAAUAUGAAAUUCUGUUAAAUUACAUGAUUCCAAAUGGAAGCAGGUUUGGAAACCUCAUUAACAUUUGCCUCUGAUUUAUGAAUUGCAUAUCAGUGGAAACAUUAACACAAACUUUUAAAAGUCCCAGUUAAGAUGGGGCUACCCAAAUUGUACUCAGUAUUCAAAAGACAGCCGCACCAUAUUUUUUUAUGAAGGCAUCAUACCAGCUG